CGCGGCGGCCGCCUCCCGGCCAGCGCCGACCGCGCUCUCACUCAGCGCUCGCGCUUCGCACACGACCGACGUCUUGCAUGUUCCUCUUGGCUCGGGGAUGCCCGCUGCCUUCGCCUCCUGACUUCACAUUUGACUUUGCUCGUUUCCGAGUGUUCGACUCCCGACGCUGCCCCGCGCGACCAUGGAGCAGCGACAGCAGCAGCAGCUGCAGCAGCAGCAACAGAUCUCGUCCCGCACGGAGCAGCGCUUCAGCCGGCAGGUCACCAGCACGCAGCAAGUGCAAGGAAUGGUGAUGCAGUCUUCGCCACAACUUACGUUCGGUAACAGGCCAGGAGAUGUCUCACCCCCAGUCUUCGAACAGAUUUUCCGAAAUGCCCGCUUUGCACAGGGUGGUAAUGCCCUCUUUGAGGGUAAAGUCCGGGGUAAUCCAAAGCCUGUUGUUUCAUGGACAAGGAAAGGCGCUCCCCUUCUUGAAUCAAACAAAUAUAAAAUGAAAUAUGAAGAACAGACUGGAAAUGUUUCAUUGCUCAUCAAUGCAAUAGGACCAGGAGAUGAAGGGGAGUACACAUGCACUGCACGAAAUCAGUACGGUGAAGCUAUCUGUUCAGUUUACAUACAACCUGAAGGUCAGGGGCAGAUCAUACAGCAGCCUCCAGGUGGCUACCAGAGAGAGUUUACUCAGACAAUUGAAACCUCUGAACAGCGAACAACACAGCAGCGAUUUCAGAAACAGACGACAGGAAAAAUUUCAUAUGCUAAUGGACACAUUGUAGAAGAGGAUUUUAAAGUGGACACAUUUGAGUACCGGCUUCUCCGUGAAGUUGAGUUUCGUGAAUCAAUAACACGGCGCUUUGUUGGAGAAGUUGACAGAGAGAUCAGUACAGUUAUUGAUCGAUCAUUGGGACCUGUUGCACCUCCACAAAUAGCACAGAAACCACGAAAUUCCAAACUCCAGGAAGGUACCACAGCGACAUUCCAGGCUAAAGUUCCAGCCAACCCACGUCCAAGGAUUACAUGGUUUAAGAAUGGACAGCGCAUUACUCAUUCCCAGAAGUAUGAAAGUAGUUACUCAAACCAACAAGCUGUUCUUAAGAUUAACUCUCUCCAGUCUGAAGAUUCUGGACAUUAUACUCUCCUGGCGGAGAAUCCUCAAGGAUGUGUUGUAUCAUCUGCUUACUUAGCUGUUGAAUCGUCUGCGACUCAAGAUGGACUUGAUCAGAGGGGAAGAGUUCCUCAUACAGAACCUUCUGAGGGCACAGAGGCAGGGAAGGCUCUCGCACCUAACUUUGUGCGGGUUUGUAAUGAUCGUGAUGUUACUGAGGGUAAAAUGACACGUUUCGAUUGCCGAGUGACUGGCCGACCUUACCCAGAAGUGGCGUGGUUCAUCAAUGGGCAACAAGUCAGUGAUGAUGCAACCCAUAAGGUGUUGGUCAAUGAAUCAGGCAACCAUGCUCUCAUGAUAACAAAUGUGAGCAUUUCAGAUGCUGGAGUAAUUACCUGUGUAGCCCGCAACAAGGCUGGAGAGACUUCCUUCCAGUGCAAUUUAAAUGUAAUAGAGAAAGAACAAGUUGUAGCCCCAAAAUUUGUGGAACGAUUCAGCACAGUACAUGUGAAGGAGGGGGAGCCAGUGGUAUUGAAAGCCCGAGCUGUUGGCACUCCCAUCCCUCGCAUUUCAUGGCAAAAGGAUGGGGUCCCCCUGGCGCCGGGACCUGAUGUAAACAUCCACACAGACGGUGGAGCCUCGACACUGGACAUCCCGCGAGCCAAGGCGUCGGAUGCGGCCUGGUACCAGUGCACCGCUCAGAACGUCGCAGGCUCCACCGCCACACGUGCUCGUCUCUUUGUCGAGACACCUAAGGGCGCCACACCUCCUCCCCGUCGUCUUAAUUUACCACGACCGACGAAGGUCAUUGAACCUGAACCAGAGCCAGGGCCUGAGGUAAUCUAUUUACGCCAUGUGGAGCGUGCGAAGCCUCACAUGCCUUUGCCAGAAGAAGAGCGUAUCUACCCACCACCACAAUUCAUUAUUCCACUGAACAAUGCUCAUCAGGUUGAGGGAGGACGUGUACAUUUUGAGGCUCGCAUUGAGCCUGUUGGUGACCCAAGCAUGAAAGUUGAGUGGUUUGUGAAUGGCAGACCUCUGGCUGCAAGUUCUCGUGCUACAGCUACAUUUCAGUUUGGUUUCAUCGCACUUGACCUGAUAAGCAUUCAGCUGGAGGACAGUGGAGAAUAUGUGUGCCGUGUGUCAAGCAAUUCGGGAUCAGUUGAAUCUCAUGGUCUGCUGAGUGUAACAGGCCGAGUUGGCAUCGAACAAUCUAGUCAGCACCCCGACAGCCUGCAAUACAUCCAACAUUUGGAAGACUACUCACGCUAUCAGCGUACAGAGAGUAUAGAAGAAGUCUCGUCUCAACGGCCUAACUUCAUUCGACCACUUCAGGAAUUAGGAGAGCUGCAAGAGGGCCGAAAUGCCCACUUUGAAGGACAGCUCACUCCCGUCAGCGACCCCACUAUGAGGGUGGAGUGGUUCAAGGACGGGAAACCGAUCACAGCAAGUUCUCGCAUUACCACCAUCUUCAACUUCGGUUAUGUCUCCUUAAAUAUAUUGCACCUACGGGCUGAAGAUGCUGGUACAUACACCGUGCGAGCUGUGAACAGAACAGGCGAGGCUAUUAGUUCUUCUACACUCAAAGUUCAAGCACGAACUAGCGUGACAGCAGAUCUUGGUAUACCAGAGCAGCAGAGAUAUAUCGAGAAAGUUGAAGAACUGGAAGCUUAUCAGCAGUAUCUGCAAUCACAACGAUAUGUGCAGGAACCUCCAGAGAGCACAGCACCCCCUGAAUUUAAGUCACCGAUUAAAGACCAGCUGAAUAUCAGGGAGGGUGGAUUUGCUCAUUUUGAAGCUCGUCUUGAGCCUAUUGGUGACUCUACUCUACGAGUGGAAUGGCUAAAAGAUGGAAAACCAGUUGAAGCCAGUUCACGAAUCACAAGUUUUUUCAAUUUUGGAUAUGUGGCAUUAACAAUUAAAUCAGUCACAACUCAUGAUAUUGGUACUUACUCAUGUCGUGCAAUAAAUACUCUGGGAGAGGCUGUAACAUCAGCUAAGUUAACGGUUGUUAGUAAGAAAGACAUUAUUAUGGACAGUCAACACCCAGGAGGCCUUGAGAAAAUACAGUAUCUGGAAGACACGAGUCGCUAUGGUCGAAGCCUUCAAGAAGAGACUACUGUCACAAAGAAACCAAUGUUUCUUGGUCCACUGAAAGGUACCAACAAAAUUGUGGAAGGUCAGAGGGCCCACUUUGAAGCCCGAGUGGAGCCUCAACAUGACACAACAUUGCAGAUUGAGUGGUACUUCAAUGGGAAGGUAAUUAUGACAGCUAACAGAAUCCAGACAUAUCAUGAUUUUGGUUAUGUGGCAUUAGACAUUCUUGGUGUCCGUGCUGAAGAUGCUGGUACCUAUACUGUGGUUGCAAGAAAUGCCCUUGGUGAAGCACAGUUAUCAGCCAGUAUGAUUGUCGAGACUCGCUCAAGCAUAGACACCACAAGUAUGCAUCGUGGCACAUAUGAAAAGACACAACGCCUCGAAGACUCAAAGUUUAUUGAACCAUCAUAUCAUAUUGAAGAAAUCUCAAAAUCGAAACCAAUCUUUGUACAGCCUCUGUCAGACCCAAAACCCAUAAGUGAAGGCAAGAAUAUUCAUUUGGAAUGCCGUCUGGAGCCUAUGGGAGAUCCAACAAUGCGUGUUGAAUGGUUCUAUAAUGGACGACCAAUCACAGUUGGAUCGCGCUUUAGAACAUACUAUGACUUUGGAUAUGUGGCACUAGACAUCGUGCAGGCCACUUCUAUGGAUUCUGGUGAAUACACUGUGCGAGCAACAAAUCACCUUGGAUCUGCACACACAUCAGCUUGUGUGAGGGUAAUCAGCCGCUCAGAUAUUGUAACGGAAACACAGAAUGAAUCAGCUCUUGAACAGAUCCAGUAUUUAGAAGAUGCCUCUCGACAUCGAAGAACAGUAACAGAAGAUGUUACAGUGGUUCAAGCUCCACAAUUUACUCGACCAUUACAUAACAUUGAAACUGUUGAAGGCACAAACAUCCAUCUGGAGUGCCGCCUUCAGCCUGUUGGAGACCCUACAAUGAGAGUUGAAUGGCUUGUCAAUGGGCAGCCUGUCAAGACAGGACAUCGCUUCCGACCAGCGUAUGAUUUUGACUAUGUGGCUCUAGACUUGCUGAGUGUAUAUCCUGUGGAUUCAGGUGUUUACACAUGUGUGGCUCGCAAUCAGCUUGGUGAAGCUGUUACUUCAUGUUCAGUUAAAAUCAUAGCGAAAAAGGAUCUGAUUCUGGAAACUCAACAUCCAUCUGGCCUGGAAAAAAUUCAGUAUUUGGAGGACACAUCACGUUAUCGAAAGACAGAGUACAUGGAUGAAGUGGUGAAUGUGCGCCCACGUUUCAUCACAAAGCCCAAAAAUUUAGAUAACAUGCGUGAGGGUCAGCAUGCACACUUUGAGUGUAAGCUUGAACCAGUGACUGAUCCAAACCUGAAGGUGGAGUGGUACAAGAAUGGGCGUCCAGUUACUGUAGGUCAUAGGUUUCGGCCCAUUCAUGAUUUUGGGUAUGUUGCUCUGGACAUCAUAGACCUUAUUGCUGAGGAUUCUGGUACAUAUACGUGCCGUGCAGUAAAUUUGCUUGGAUCUGAUGAGACAACUUGUGUUCUUAAUUGCAGAAGCACUGCACAGAUCUUGACAGGUACACAGAAUGAGACAGGACUUGAGCAGAUUCAGUAUCUAGAAGAUAAAUCUCGUUAUCAGCGUUCUGAAUAUAUUGAAGAGACUACAAAGCAAGCACCAAUAUUCACUACAUCUCUGAAGCACAUGGAGAUCAAAGAGGGCCAGAGGGCACACUUUGAAUGCCGCCUUAUACCUGUGUCAGAUCCCACAAUGAAAGUUGAAUGGUUCCACAAUAAUGUCCCAGUGAAGUCAGGUUCUCGAUUUACUGAGACAAAUAACUUUGGUUUUGUUGCAUUGGACAUAAUGUACUGCUAUCCAGAAGAUUCUGGGACAUACACAUGUCGCGCCAAAAAUAUUGUUGGUGAAGCUAUGACAUCUGCCAAUCUGACCUGUAUCUCAAAGAAGUCAAUUUAUAUGGAAACACAACAUGAGGAAGCAUUAUCAAAACUGACAUAUUUGGAGGAUACCUCUCGUCAUCAGCGACAGACAGUCCAGGAAGAAGCUGUGACCCAGGCACCGAUGUUCACACAGCCUAUGAAGGAUGUCCGUGUAGCUGAAAAUCAGGCUAUGCACUUUGAGGCACGACUUAUACCUGUAGGAGAUCCGAAGUUACGCGUUGAGUGGCUUCGAAAUGGCGUUCCAAUACAAGCAUCAAAUCGUGUGACAACUAUGCAUGAUUUUGGAUAUGUUGCACUGAACAUGAAGUAUGUUUACCCCGAGGACUCAGGCACCUACACUUGCCGUGCCAUCAAUGAACUUGGGCAAGCAGUCACUUCAGCAACACUUGUUGUUCAUUCCAAAGCAUUGUUGCUUCUGGAGAGCCAACAUGAGGCUGCACUGCAGAAACUUCAGCAGCUUGAAGAUACAUCACGGUAUCAACGGCGUGAAGAGGAGGAGAUUAUUGUAACUCAGCCACCAAAGUUUACAGCUCAACUUAAUGGACCCACAGAGCUAAUUGAAGGUCAUAGUGCUCAUUACGAAUGCCGCAUUGAACCGUAUCCAGAUCCCAACAUGCGUGUUGAAUGGUUCCACAAUGGAAAACCACUACAACUAGGUCACCGUUUCCGGACUACUUAUGACUUUGGAUUUGCUGCACUUGAUAUACUUACUGUUUAUCCAGAAGAUUCUGGAGAAUACACUUGCAAAGCAACAAAUAAAUUGGGGCAGGCUUCAUCAUCCAUAAAAGUUAAUGUCAAAUCCCGCUCAUCAAUCAUUUUGGACACCCAACAUGAAGGAGCAUUGCAAAAGAUUCAGUAUCUGGAGGAUGAUUCCCGCUACAAACGUGCAGCUGUUGAAGAACAGGUGAUAGCUGAAAAACCACAAUUUGGACGGCCAUUACGAAAUAUUGAUCGGUUGCCUGAAGGGCAGAGUGCUCACUUGGAGGCCACACUUACACCAGUCAAUGAUCCUACAAUGCGUGUUGAGUGGUUCUGCAAUGGCAGACCCAUUCCUCAAGGUCAUCGUUUCAAGACAACUUAUGAUUUUGGAUAUGUGGCACUUGAUAUCCUGUAUGCAUAUGCUGAAGAUUCAGGCACAUAUAUGUGUAAGGCACGUAAUGCAGUUGGAGAGGCUGUUACUACAUGCUCUGUUACUGUUGAAGCUAAAUCUGGCCUCUACUUGGAUACUCUUGAUGAAAACCGCUUGAAGAAAAUAAAAGACCUGGAAACAUUUGAGAGGCCUCAAAAACCAGAAGUUGAACCUGAAAUGCAAAAGCCUGUGUUCAUUACUCCACUUGUCAGCUUAGAAAAUCUGAAGGAAGGUGAACAUGCUCAUUUGGAAUGUCGUGUAGAACCUAUAAAUGAUCCUAAUCUCAAGAUCGAAUGGUUUGUGAAUGGAAUUGCCAUAAAAACAGGUCACAGGUUCCGUACUACACAUGACUUUGGUUAUGUUGCUCUUGAUAUUCUGUACACAUAUGCAGAGGACUCUGGAACUUAUAUGUGUAAAGCAACAAAUUUGGUGGGAGAAGCUGUGAAUACUUGCCAGAUAACAGUUGGAGCUCGCCGUAGUAUCUAUUUAGAAUCUCAGCAUCCUGAAGGCUUACAGAAAAUCCAAGAACUUGAAGCACAGGGUCGGCCUGCUCGACUUGAAGUGGAGGAACCUGAAGUCACCCCACCACGUUUUGUAACAGAACUUAGGGGUACAACAGAAAUAUUUGAAGGGCAGACAGCACACUUUGAAGCCCAAGUGGAACCUCUGCAUGAUCCAAAUCUGCGUAUAGAGUUUUAUCACAAUGGUAAACCUCUUCCUUCAGCAUCACGCUUCCAUAUCACUUUUGAUUUUGGUUAUUUGGCACUUGACAUAACCCAUGCUGUUCCUGAAGAUGCUGGAGAAUAUACUGCCAAGGCCAUUAAUGCCCUUGGACAGUGCACUUCUACAAUUACUUUACGUGUGACAGCUAAAAGCAACAUUGUGCUCGAGUCCCAGCGACCAGAAGGAUUAGAUAAAAUUCGAGCCUUGGAGCAGCAUGUCCCAUACCAGAGGCCAGAGGUUCCAGAGCCAACUAGACAAAGGCCUGUGUUUACACAGCCAUUACAGAAUAUUGACUCUAUAGCGGAAGGGCAGACGGCUCACUUUGAAUGCAGACUGAUACCUGUGGGUGAUCCCACACUCAAAGUGGAGUGGUUCCGUAAUGAGAAACCCCUUGAAACAAGCUCAAGAAUUACGAAGACACAUGACUUUGGUUAUGUGGCAUUGGAUAUGACACAUGUUAGGGCUGAGGAUGAUGGUGUGUAUAUGUGCAGGGCUUCAAAUGCUCUUGGUGAAGCUGUGACAACAGCAUCUAUGAAAAUAAAAACAAAGGCGGACAUACAGCUGGAAACUCAACAUCCUCAAGGCAUGAAACGAAUUCAGCAAUUAGAAGAAGGGAAAGCACCAGUACGGCCAGAACAACCAGAACGUGAAUUUGACAAACCCAUCUUCACACAAGUGCUCACAGGUCCAUCUGAACUGUGGGAGGGACAGCAUGCACAUUUUGAGUGUCGUGUUGUACCAGUAGGUGAUCCAAAUAUGCGAUUUGAGUGGUACAUUAAUGGGACAGAGCUGAAAUUAGGAUCUCGCUUCCAUGUCACACAUGACUUUGGUUAUGUGAACUUGGAUAUAAACUCUGUAAUUAGUGAAGAUUCUGGAGUCUAUAUGUGUAAAGCCAUAAAUAAAGCUGGGGAAGCAGUGUCUUCAAUAUCACUGAAAGUAAAAACACGUUCAUCAAUUAUUGGAGAUACUCUUCAACCUGAUGCAUGGCAAAAGAUUCAGCUGAAAGAGGCAGAAAUGAAUAAAGUUCCUCCACAAUUUGUAGAUACAACACCUCAACAAGCACCUGUUUUCACAACUCAUUUGACCAGCCAUGAUAAACUCGUAGAAGGUCAAAAUAUUUUAUUGGAGGCACAAGUGGAGCCACGCACAGAUCCAAACCUUCGAGUUGAAUGGUUCAAGAAUGGAAAACCACUUGCUACUGGCACUAGGCUUAGGACUACAUUUGACUUUGGCCAUGUCAGUUUGUCUGUCACUGGAUUACGAGCUGAUGAUUCAGCCAUUUACACCUGCAAAGCCACAAACUUACUGGGAGAGGCUGUAUCAACUUGUACUCUCAAAGUUGAAGAUCGACACUGGCUAUUAGCUGGAUCACUUCGUCCUGAGGCCUUACCAAAGAUUGAAGCUCUUGAAGAACCAAAGGCUGGUCGUCCCGAAGCUCCUGAGCCUACCUAUGAAUCACCAGUGUUUAUUACCCACUUGAAUAACGUUGUCUGUACUGAAGGCGAGAGUGUUCACUUUGAAUGCCAUGUGGAACCUUCAAAAGAUCCAACACUCAAUAUCGAAUGGUUCAUAAAUGGCAAGCCAUUGCCCACUGGUGCUCGCUACAAAUCCACUUAUGAUUUUGGCUAUGUGGCUCUGGAUAUUAUUCAUGCUUAUGCAGAGGAUUCUGGAGUGUACAGCUGUAAAGCCACAAAUAGCAAGGGACAGGCUGCAACAUCAGGAACUCUGAAAUGCACAAGCAAGCAAGACAUCUUCUUGCAGACACAACAUCCACAGGGUGAAGCAGGCCUUGAGGCUGUGCGUGAGGCGGAAGGAGCAUACUUAUCAAAAUAUCAGAGGCAGCCUCUAGCUCCUGAAAAAGAUUAUCCAAAGCCAGUAUUUGUGGUGCCACUUCAAGAACAAGUAACACUGAAUGAAAAUGAAGCUUUGCAUGUUGAGUGUCAAGUUGAGCCCAAGGAAGAUCCAAAUCUCAAAGUUGAAUGGUUCUUCAAAGGAAAGCCUCUUGAACAUGCAACACGUUUCAAGACAACAUGUGACUUUGGCUUUGUCACACUUGAUUUGACUGAUGUUUAUGAAAGGGAUCAAGGAAUAUACACUUGUAAAGCAACCAAUUUAAAAGGAGAAGCAUUUACCUCCACAACAAUAUACUGCAAAGGGAAGGAGAGUCUAAUUGAACGUACACAGCACCCAAAAGGAGCUGAAGGUCUGGAAAAAAUCCAGGAUUUGGAAGAAUCACUGAGGAGGCAAGAAGGAGCUCCUCCAGAACCCGAGGAAGGCCAUCCACCUGUCUUCACCUCACAGUUUCAGGAUCUCAAGAACCUUAGUGAGGGAGAGAUUGCACACUUUGAGGCUUCCCUUACUCCAGUUGGUGACCAGACUAUGACAGUAGAAUGGUUCUAUAAUGGAGAGGUAAUCAAAGCAAGUCACCGCAUUAGAACUGUACAUGCAUUUGGGAUGGUUGUCCUAGAGAUAUUAGGAACUAAAAUUGAAGAUUCUGGCACUUAUACUUGUAGAGCAACAAACAAAUGGGGCCGUGCCGAAAUCAGUGUUGAACUGGAAUGUGUUGACAAGUCAAAGGGUCAGAAACCACACUUUACAACACACAUUCAGAGUCUUGAGAAUCUGAAAGAAGGUGAAUCUGCUCAUUUUGAAUGCACACUAACACCUGUGGGAGAUCCUAACUUGAAAGUGGAAUGGUUUCACAAUGGCGAGCCACUGCGACACUCCUCCAGAAUCAAAUCAGUAUCUGAUUUUGGCUUUGUUGUGAUGGAUAUCUCAUACGUCCAGAGCCACGAUACAGGGGAGUAUGUCUGCAGAGCGAGCAACAAGUAUGGGGAAGACUUUACAAGAGCAACCAUAAAAUGCUCGGGACGUGGUGGUGUGUAUUUGGACAGUCUGCAGCCCGAUGCACUUGCUCGCAUUCGUGAAAUGGAGCUCUCCCAGGGUGGGCAACCUCAGGCUCCAACCACUCCUGUUCUUGAACCACCUGUUUUUACCACACAUAUAUCAGAUGUCACAAACCUGGUUGAAGGGCAAAGUGCACACUUUGAGGCUCGGCUUACACCAGUCAAUGAUCCAAACCUCACAGUUGAGUGGUUUUACAAUGGUAAAAAGCUCCCACAUGGCCAUCGUUACAGAACAUUCCAUGACUUUGGUAUUGUUAUUUUGGACAUCUUAUAUUGUUAUGAAGAGAACUCAGGAGUUUAUGAAUGCCGCGCAGUCAACAAAGUAGGCCAGGAUGUCACAAAAGCAACACUAAAAUGUGUAUCAAAGGCCAAUCUCAUCUUGGAUUCACAGUUGCCUCGAGGGAUGGAAGGUGGAUUGGAAAAAAUACAGAAUUUAGAAGAUUCACACUUAAAGAUGAGAGAUGAAAAAACUACAGAAACAAAAGGCCAAGCCCCUGUCUUUACAGUCCCUCUGUCAAAUGUUGACAACCUUCGAGAGGGAGAGAGUGCACAUUUUGAAGCCAGACUUAUUCCUACAGAUGACCCAAAGCUCAAGGUCGAAUGGUUCUGGAAUGGAAAACCACUAAGGACAGGGUCCAGGUUCCGUACAUUCUGUGACUUUGGAUUUGUGAUAUUGGAAAUUUCUCCAGUGUACCCAGAAGACUCUGGUGAAUACUCAUGUCGUGCCUUCAAUGACUAUGGGGAAGCUGUAACAACAGCAAGCAUGAAAGUGCAAGGAAAGAGGAGCAUCAUAUUAGAAUCUCAGUUGCCAAAAAGUAUGGAGCAUACUAUUGAGAAGAUUGCAGAACUGGAAGGUCUUGGAAGUGCUCCAGCUCCAGUCGCACCUGAGGAAGAUUCUGGAAAACCUCCAGAGUUCAUCACUACUCCAAGUGACCUGACACUAACUGAAAAUUCUUUGGCACACUUUGAAUGCCGUCUGAUACCUAUCAAUGACCCCAGUAUGAGAGUAGAAUGGUUCCAUAAUGGAAAGCCUCUUUGGGCAGGGUCACGAAUCAAGACCAUAAAUGACUUUGGCUUUGUCAUACUUGAAGUUGCUGGUGUAUAUCAGAGAGAUUCUGGUCUUUAUACUUGUAAGGCCACAAACAAACACGGUGAGGCAACUGUAUCAUGUCAACUGCAAGUCCGCAGUCGUCAGGGAAUCAUUCUUGAGCCACAAUUACCAACAAAUUUUAAAACGGGCACUGAAAGUAUCCAGAAGCUGGAGGAGGCGUUAUACAAGAAAGAUGAAAUAGUGACAGAAGAAGAGAAACCAAAUCCUCCCAGGUUCACUGUUGAAUUGAAGGAUGUACUCGACGUGCAAGAAGGAGCACCAAUCCAUUUCGAGUGCCGUGUAGAACCGAUCGGCGAUCCUACGAUGCGUAUCGACUGGUUCCAUAACGGUCGACCAUUUGCCACGGGCUCUAGAGUCCAUAUGCUUAAUGAUUUUGGCUUUAUUGUUCUUGACAUGGAUUACACGUAUGCCAGAGACUCUGGUGAAUACGUGUGCUGUGCCACCAACAAGUGGGGGUCAGCAACAACAAAAGCUACACUCACUUGUAAAGCAAAACGAGACGUUGUGUUGGAAUCACAGUUGCCACAAGGAAUAAGUGGUGAAAAGUUGAAGGAACUAGAGAGAGGACCACUGACAGAGGCUCUCCCUGAAGAGGCACCAGCAUCACCUCCGAAGUUCAUAACUCAGAUCACAUCAGUGGGCAUUGGUGAAGGUGAACCUGUCCACUUUGAGUGUCGUGUGGAGCCCCGAACAGAUCCAAAGUUACGAGUGGAGUGGUAUCGUAAUGGGAAACCAUUGCCAUCUGGACACCGCUUCCGUACAGUCUAUGAUAUGGGCUUCGUAUCCCUCGAUAUAUUGUACACCUAUCCUGAGGACUCGGGUGAAUAUGUGUGUCAUGCUGUCAAUGACCUUGGAGAAGAUACAACAAAGGCAACAGUGUCUUGCAAAAAGCUGCCAACAAUCAUUCUACAGAACCAGGUUCCUAAGGGAAUGAAAAAGUCUGAAGCCCUUAUGCAGAUGGAAGCCACCAUAAAGAAAUACACAUCAGAAAUUCAUUUGACAGAGGAUGAUCUUUAUGAUCCUGAUAAAAAGCAACCACCAAGAUUUGUGACCCAGAUACAAGAUCAGACAACACUAGUUGAAAUGCAAACUACAAAGUUUGAGUGCCAGCUGGCACCUGUUGGAGACCCAAAUAUGAAAGUUGAGUGGUUUCUGAAUGGAAAACCACUUCCUCACAAAAACCGUUUCACACCAAUCUAUGAUUUUGGCUAUGUAGCCAUGAAUUUUGGGUGGGUGUAUCCCGAGGACAGUGGAGAAUACUUGUGCAGAGCAACCAAUCUGUAUGGUAUGGACGAGACUCGUGCUGUAAUCAGAACUGCUGGCAAACCUGGCAUUAUCUAUGAAUCUCAGUUACCAAAGGGAAUGAAGAGCAUUGAACGUAUACGUGAAAUGGAGGCAGCAUGGCAAAUAGCACCGGAAGAACCUGAAGAAGAAACAAAACCUCGUUCUGCACCAGUUUUUGUUACAAAACCUGAACCAUACACUACUAUUGAAGGAGAACCUGCAAGAUUCUGUUGCCGAGUUACUGGACAUCCCCGUCCAAGGCUUAUGUGGGUUGUUAAUGGGCAAACUGUUGUUAAUGGUACUCGCUACCGACUGACGUAUGAUGGUAUGUGGCACUUGGAUAUUCCCAAAACACGACAAUAUGACCAUGGCAAGAUUGAGAUUAUUGCUCGCAACUCAGCAGGAGAAGCAAUAGCUACUACGGAACUUACUGUGAAAGCACGCAUGGAUGAUUACCGUGGAGUACUAAAGAACUCACCACGACCAUGGUAUGACUAUGAUCUCACUCAGUAUCAGAAAGAGCGCAUUGAACUGGAAAGGGCUCAGCUCCAACAUGUGGAUAUCAGUGAACAUCAGAAGAAAGUUUCUACUGAGACUGAAACUGAAUGGCAGCAAACAGUAAAGAAGAAGAAGGGUGAAGAUUAUUAUUCCAAACUGAAAGAGCUUGAAGAAGAGCAAGUAAUCAAGGAAACUCGUUUGCGGGAAGCAUCACAUCAAUUUGCUAUACCUGGAGAAAAAGUUGUGGCCAAAACAGUAGCCAAGGGAAUGGCUCAGAGCUAUGAGCAAAAACUAGAUGAAAAAGAAGAAGAAAAACCAGCCUGGGUAACGUCUCGACGACCAAAUAAACAUACAUCGGAAACAGUUGUUGACUCCAAAACAAUUCCGAGUUUGCCACCUGAGCCAUCAGAGUCAGCUAUUCAUGCACGAGAAGUGCAUGUAGCCAAACAAAAGCAAACACAGAAAGAGGUCAAGGGAGAUGUGGAAAUUACACGGAAGAUCACGGCCACAGAAACAACUGAAGUUGAGCAUAAGGCAAAAACACAAGAACGAGUUGUCCAAGGGCCUGUUAAACCUGCUAAGCCUCCAUUUUUCACCAAGAAGAUACAGCCUGUCAGAGUAUUUGAGCAAGAGCAGGCUAGAUUUGAAGUUGAAUUUGAUGGUGAUCCACUUCCAACAAUAAAAUGGUUCAGGGAGGAUUUUCCAAUCCAGAGCUCGGCCGAUCUUCAAAUACACACAUUUGGAACAAAGUCAGUUCUCAUCUUGAGACAAGUGUUUAUGGAAGACUCUGGUGUGUUCAGGGUUGUAGCUGAAAAUCGUGGAGGAGUUGCUAAGUGCAGUGCAAAUCUAGUAGUGGAGGAAAAGCGACGCCAAGGACGAGGUGGUGUUGUGCCUCCAAGUUUCCUUACUACUAUUGAAAGCAGUGUUGUAAAUUCUGGAACACUUGUGCGAUUUGAUGCUCGUAUAGCGGGCACACGACCUAUUGAUGUCUAUUGGUUAAAGAAUGGCAAACGCAUACCGUCAUCAGAUAUUCGAUACAAGACAUUGGAAGAAGAUAGUGUGAAUACCCUGUUGAUUAUUGAGGCUAUACCAGAGGAUUCUGGAACUUAUGAAUGUGUGGCAAUCAACAGUGCUGGUGAAGCACGUUGUGAGGCUGAAUGUCAGGUUCGGUCACCCACACAACAGAAACAACAGCAGCAACAGCAACAACAACAACAACCAGCAGGAAAUGUAGCACCAGCAAUUAUUGAACCACUAAAGGGACAGGUCGUGAAAGAGGGACAGCCUGUUACAUUUCAGUGCCGAAUUUCUGGCAAACCAGCUCCACAGAUAAAGUGGCAAAAGGCUGACACUGUCAUUAAACCAUCAAAAUACUUCCAGAUGCAUAAAGAUAAUGACAUAUACACUCUGAAGAUAUCAGAAGCUUUCCCUGAAGAUGAGGGUACCUAUAAAUGUAUUGCUUCUAACCCUGUUGGAUCUGUAACUCUCUCCGCACAGCUGAAAGUUCAAGCUCCUGACUCACAAGAAGUCAUGCCUACCAUUACACCACUGCGAGAUGUCACUGUACCAGAGGGUAGCUCAGCACAGUUCAGGACAAAAGUAACAGGAAAACCAGUGCCAACUAUACAGUGGUUCCGUGAAGGAGUUCUCAUACCACAGUCGGCAGAUUUUCAAAUGAUACAGGAUGGUGACAACAGAGUGCUGCUCAUCACUACAACAUACGAGGAGGAUUCAGGAACUUUUACAUGCAGGGCAACUAACUCUGCUGGGCAGGUUGAGUCAUCUGCUAAGCUGAUCGUCAAAAGACGGAGAGAUGUUUCAACAGUCCAUCCAGGCUCAGGAGCACCAAAAAUACCACGUCCUGGAUAUUCUUCUAGUCAUCAUGGUUCAAUCCCAAAAACUGGUGGGAUGUCAGGAGAUGGUCAAGAAGCAGAUGCUGACGGUAGCGGUGCUGGACAUGAUUAUAUACAGGAGGAUUCAUACGAUGCAGUCCAGUUACCAGUUGGUGAUGAGACACUGCCAUGGAGGAAACCCAGGCGUAAGCAGCUUUUUCCCGUGCACCCAUCACAAACCACAGUUCCUUGGACACAGGAGAAAAUACAGCUAAGAAAAACUGCUCAGCACCGGAGGAGUAUUGAUAAAGAGCAUCUUGAAGAAGUACAGUUGAAAACUGUCAGUGGAGGGGUACAGCUUAAAAAGAAAGUUCGGCAGGAUAUAGAUAUUAGAAGUGAAAGACCUGAAGAACAAUAUAGCAGGACUGACACUGAUGAUUCGCUGUACAGUGUUAUGGACAAGACAACGGGAAUAGAGCAGAUAGCCACAGAAGAAGAUUCAACAAUUUUACAUUUAGACCAAAUGAAAGAAACACUUGAAGAAAGACAAAAGACACCACAUUUGCCAAAGAAAGAGGAUCAAAGAUUACCUACAGAACAAGGAAGGAAGCACAUAAAAAAAGAGAGCACAAUAACAGUGACAGAAGAAGAUGAUGUUACACGAUUAGGAGUGCAACAAGAGAGAGAAAGGACAGAAAGAUUCAUUCGAAAAGGAAAACCUUCAGACAAGACAUUGCCAGCAGACGUGUUGGAUGAUAAUGUUACAAAAAGGAGUCCACUAGUGACAGACUUGACAAAAGAUGAUAAAAAUGCAGAAAAAUCAACAGUACCAUGGAGAACGAAGAAACCAGAAAGCUUGAAAGGAUAUUCACAUGAUGUGCACCAGAAAGUUGACAUUGUUCCUGAAGAGGCAUCACUUGAACCAAAGCCUGAGGCACCAGUAAAAGAGCAGGUGUCACAUUUACCAUGGGUACGAGGUAAGAAACCUAAGCAACCCGUCCAGGAGAAAGAGGAAAUUACUUUGAAACCAGUGAAGAAGGACAUUGCAGAAAAGGCAAUAGAAAGAGAAAUAGUACAGUUGAAGCCUGUAGAGAAACAGAAACCAACAGUGGAAGAAAAAGACAAAAUAGUGCUGAAGCCAGUGAAGAAAGACACAAAGGAAGUAACCAAAGAACAGGAAUCUCUAUCAACAGAAAUACAUAAAGAAGAUAUAACUGCAGAAAAAACAAGAGAGAUCAAGAGUGUAAAGAAACCAGAGACUUUGAAAGAGACUGCACAUGAUUUAGAAGAGAAAGCAAACAUUACUCCAGAAGGAGUAUCUCUUGAGGAAAAGCCUGAGGCACCAGAGCAGGACCAGGUAUCACAUUUACCAUGGGUACGAGGAAAGAAACCUAAACAACCUGAUCAGGAGAAAGAGAAGAUAAUGUUGAAACCAGUGAAAAAGGAUAUUCCAGAGAAGAGAGAAGAAAAGGAAGUAGUACAGUUGAAACCUGUAGAGAGACAGAAACCCACAGCAGAAGUAGAAGACAAAAUGAUGUUGAAACCUGUGAAGAAGGACACAAAGGAAGUAUUCAAAGAAGAGGAAAAUCUUCCAAGCAAAGUGCCUAAAGGAGGCACAACUGUAGAGAAACAAAAAGGAGUCAAAAGUAUAAAGAAACCAGAAAGUCUGAGAGAGGUUCCAUGUGAUGUGGAAGAGAAAGCAGACAUAGUUCCAGAAGGAGUGUCUGUUGAGGAAAAGCCUGAGUUACCAGAGGAAGAUCAGGUAUCGCGCUUACCGUGGGUACGAGGAAAGAAGCCUAAACAACCUGUUCAGGAGAAAGAGGAAAUUACUUUGAAACCAGUGAAGAAGGGUAUUCCAGAGAAGAUAGAAGAAAAGGAAAUAGUACAGUUGAAGCCUGUACAGAGACAUAAACCAACAGCAGCAGAAGAGGAUGAAAUUAUGCUGAAAACUGUGAAGAAAGACACAAAGGAAAUAAGCAAAGAAGAGGAAUCUCUUCCAAGGGAAGUGCCUAAGGGAUACACAACUGUAGAAAAACGAAAAGACAUCAAAAGCACAAAGAAACCAGAGAGUCUGGAAGAGGUUCCGGGUGAUGUGGAAGAGAAAGCAGACAUAGUUCCAGAAGAAGUGUCUGUUGAGGAAAAUCCUGAGGUACCAGAGGAAGAGCAGGUAUCGCGCUUACCGUGGGCACGAGGAAAGAAGCCUAAACAGCCUGUUCAGGAGAAAGAGGAAAUUACUUUGAAACCAGUGAAGAAAGGUAUUCCAGAGAAGAUAGAAGAAAAGGAAAUAGUACAGUUGAAGCCUGUACAGAGACAUAAACAAACAGCAGAAGAAGAGGAUAAAAUAGUGCUGAAACCUGUGAAGAAGGAGACACAGGAAGUAAUUAGGAAAGAGGAGUCUCUCGCAAUGGAGGUUACUGAAGAAGAUACAAUUGUAGAAAAAUCAAAAGAGAUAAAUAGAGUCAAGAAACCAAAGAGCUUGAAAGAGGCACCACAGGAUGUGGGAGAGACACAGAUGGUACCAGAAAGACUACCUGCUAAGGAAAAGCCUGAGGCACCAGAACAAGAUCAGGUAUCCCAUUUACCAUGGGUACGACGAAGGAAACCUAAACAACCUGAACAGGAGAAAGAAGAGAUUACUUUGAAGCCAGUGAAGAAGGAUAUUCCAGAGAAGAUAGAAGAAAAGGAAAUUGUACAGUUGAAGCCUGUACAGAGACAUAAACCAACAGCAGAAGAAGAGGAUAAAAUAGUGCUGAAACCUGUGAAGAAGGAGACACAGGAAGUAAUUAGAAAAGAGGAGUCUCUUGCAAUGGAGGUGACUGAAGACGAUACAAUUGUAGAAAAAUCAAAAAAGAUAAAGAAAGUUAAGAAACCCGAGAGCUUGAAAGAGACGCCACAAGAUGUGGAAGAGAAACCAGAGAUGGUUCCAGAAAGACUAUCUGUUGAGGAAAAGCCUGAGGCACAAGAGCAAGAUCAGGUAUCACAUUUACCAUGGGUACGAGGAAAGAAACCUAAACAACCUGUUCAGGAGAAAGAAGAGAUUACUUUGAAGCCAGUGAAGAAGGAUAUUCCAAAGAAGAUUGAAGAAAAGGAAAUAGUACAGUUGAAGCCUGUACAGAGACAUAAACCAACAGCAGCAGAAGAGGAUGAAAUAAUGCUGAAACCUGUGAAGAAGGACACAAAGGAAAUAAGCAAAGAAGUUGAAUCUACUCCAAGUGAAGUGCAUAAAGGAGAAACAACUGUAGAAAAACCAAAACAGAGCGAAAGUAUAAAGAAACCAGAGAGUCUAAAAGAGGUUCCAGGUGAUGUGGAAGAGACAUCAGACACAGUUCCAGAAGGAGUGUCUGUUGAGGAAAAGCCUGAGUUACCAGAGGAAGAUCAGGUAUCACGCUUACCGUGGGUACGCGGAAAGAAGCCUAAACAACCUGUUCAGGAGAAAGAGGAAAUUACUUUGAAACCAGUGAAGAAUGGUAUUCCAGAGAAGAUAGAAGAAAAGGAAACAGUACAGUUAAAGCCUGUACAGAGACAUAAACCAACAGCAGCAGAAGAGGAUGAGAUAAUGCUAAAACCUGUGAAGAAGGACACAAAGGUAAUAAGCAAAGAAGAGGAAUCUCUUCAAAGGGAAGUGCCUAAAGAAGACUCAACUGUAGAAAAACCAAAACAGAUCAAAAGUAUAAAGAAACCAGAGAGUCAGAAAGAGGUUCCACAUGAUGUGGAAGAGAAAGUAGACAUCGUUCCAGAACGAGUGUCUGUUGAGGAAAAGCCUGAGGUACCAGUGGAAGAUCAGGUAUCGCGCUUACCGUGGGCUCGAGGAAAGAAGCCUAAACAACCUGUUCAGGAGAAAGAGAAAAUCACUUUGAAACCGGUGAAGAAAGAUAUUCCAGAGAAGAUAGAAGAAAGAGAAAUUGUACAGUUGAAGUCUGUAGAGAAACAGAAACCAAUGCCAGAAGAAAAAGACAAAAUAGGGCUGAAACCUUUGAAGAAGGACGAAAAGGAAAUAACAAAAGAAGAGGAAACUCUUCCAAGGGAAGUGCCUAAAGAAGACAUAAUUCCAGAAAAACCAAAAGCGAUUGAAAUUGUAAAGAAGCCAAAGAGUAUGACAGUGGUACCACGUGAUGUGGAAGAGGAAGCAGACAUCGCCCCAGAACGAGUGUCAGUUCCGGAAAAGCCUGAAGCACCAGAGCAAGAGGAGGUAUCGCGUGUACCAUGGGUACGAGGAAAGAAACCUAAACAACCUGAACAGGAGAAAGAAGAGAUUACUUUGAAGCCAGUGAAGAAGGAUAUCCCAGAGAAGACAGAAGAAAAGGAAAUAGUACAGUUGAAACCUGUACAGAGACAUAAACCAACAGCAGAAGAAGAGGAUAAAAUAGUGCUGAAACCUGUGAAGAAGGAGACACAGGAAGUAAUUAGAAAAGAGGAGUCUCUUGCAAUGGAGGUGACUGAAGAAGAUACAAUUGUAGAAAAAUCAAAACAGAUAAAAAAAGUCAAGAAACCCAAGAGCUUGAAAGAGACGCCACAAGAUGUGGAAGAGAAACCAGAGAUGGUUCCAGAAAGACUAUCUGUUGAGGAAAAGCCUGAGGCACCAGAGCAAGAUCAGGUAUCACAUUUACCAUGGGUACGAGGAAAGAAACCUAAACAACCUGAACAGGAGAAAGAAGAGAUUACUUUGAAGCCAGUGAAGAAGGAUAUUCCAGACAAAACAGAAGAAAAGGAAAUUGUACAGUUGAAACCUGUACAGAGACAUAAACCAACAGCAGAAGAAGAGGAUAAAAUAGUGCUGAAACCUGUGAAGAAGGAGACACAGGAAGUAAUUAGAAAAGAGGAGUCUCUUGCAAUGGAGGUGGCUGAAGAAGAUACAAUUGUAGAAAAAUCAAAACAGAUAAAAAAAGUCAAGAAACCCAAGAGCUUGAAAGAAACGCCACUAGAUGUGGAAGAGAAACCAGAGAUGGUUCCAGAAAGACCAUCUGUUGAGGAAAAGCCUGAGGCACCAGAACAAGAUCAGGUAUCCCAUUUACCAUGGGUACGAAGAAAGAAACCUAAACAACCUGAACAAGAGAAAGAAGAGAUUACUUUGAAGCCAGUGAAGAAGGAUAUUCCAGAGAAGACAGAAGAAAUGGAAAUAGUACAGUUGAAACCUGUACACAGACAUAAAACAAAAGCAGAAGAAGAGGAUAAAAUAGAGCUGAGACCUGUGAAGAAGGAGACACAGGAAGUAAUUAGAAAAGAGGAGUCUCUUGCAAUGGAGGUGACUAAAGAAGAUACAAUUGUAGAAAAAUCAAAAGAGAUAAAGAAAGUCAAGAAACCCAAGAGCUUGAAAGAGACGCCACAAGAUGUGGAAGAGAAACCAGAGAUGGUUCCAGAAAGACUAUCUGUUGAGGAAAAGCCUGAGGCACCAGAGCAAGAUCAGGUGUCACAUUUACCAUGGGUACGAGGAAAGAAACCUAAACAACCUGAACAGGAGAAAGAAGAGAUUACUUUGAAGCCAGUGAAGAAGGAUAUUCCAGACAAAACAGAAGAAAAGGAAAUUGUACAGUUGAAACCUGUACAGAGACAUAAACCAACAGCAGAAGAAGAGGAUAAAAUAGUGCUGAAACCUGUGAAGAAGGAGACACAGGAAGUAAUUAGAAAAGAGGAGUCUCUUGCAAUGGAGGUGGCUGAAGAAGAUACAAUUGUAGAAAAAUCAAAACAGAUAAAAAAAGUCAAGAAACCCAAGAGCUUGAAAGAGACGCCACAAGAUGUGGAAGAGAAACCAGAGAUGGUUCCAGAAAGACUAUCUGUUGAGGAAAAGCCUGAGGCACCAGAGCAAGAUCAGGUAUCACAUUUACCAUGGGUACGAGGAAAGAAACCUAAACAACCUGUUCAGGAGAAAGAAGAGAUUACUUUGAAGCCAGUGAAGAAGGAUAUUCCAGAGAAGACUGAAGAAAUGGAAAUUGUACAGUUGAAACCUGUGCAGAGACAUAAACCAAAAGCAGAAGAAGAAGAAGACAAGUUAGUGCUGAAACCUGUGAAGAAGGACACAAAAAAAGUAUUCAAAGAGGAGGAAUCUCUUCCAAGGGAGUUGGCAAAAGAAGACACAACUGCAGAAAAACCAAAAGAGAGCAAGAAAGUAAAGAAACCAGAGAGCUUAAAAGAGCCUCCACAGGAUAUGGAAGAAAAAGCUAAUAUUUUUCCAGAAAAAGUAUCUGAUGAGGAAAAGCCUGAGGCACGAGAUCAAGAUCAGGUAUCUCAUGUACCAUGGGUACGAGGAAAGAAACCUAAACAACCUAUUCAGCAGAAAGAAGAGAUCACUUUGAAACCGGUGAAGAAGGAUAUCCCAGAGAAGACAGAAGAAAAGGAAAUAGUACAGUUGAAACCUAUACAGAGACAUAAACCAACAGCAGAAGAAGAGAAUAAAAUAGUGCUAAAACCUGUGAAGAAGGAGACACAGGAAGUAAUUAGAAAAGAUGAGUCUCUCGCAAUGGAGGUGACUGAAGAAGAUACAAUUGUAGAAAAAUCAAAAGAUAUAAAGAGAGUCAAGAAACCAAAGAACUUGGAAGAGGCACCCCAGGAUGUGGAAGUGAAACCAGAGAUGGUUCCAGAAAGACUAUCUGUUGAGGAAAAGCCUGAGGCACCAGAGGAAGAUCAGGUAUCGCAUUUACCAUGGGUACGAGGAAAGAAACCUAAACAACCUGAACAUGAGAAAGAAGAGAUUUCAUUGAAGCCAGUGAAGAAGGAUAUUCCAGAGAAGACAGAAGAAAAGGAAAUUGUACAGUUGAAACCUGUACAGAGACAUAAACCAAAAGCGGAAGAAGAAGAAGACAAGCUAGUGCUGAAGCCUGUGAAGAAGGACACAAAGGAAGUAUUCAAAGAAGAGGAAUCUCUUCCAAGGGAGUUGGCUAAAGAAGGCACAACUGCAGAUAAACCAAAAGAGACCAAGAAAGUGAAAAAACCAGAGAGCCUUAAGGACACUCCACAUGAUACGGAAGAGAAUGCCGACUCUGUUCCAGAAGGAGUAUCUGUUGAGGAAAAGCCUGAGGCACCAGAUCAAGAUCACGCAUCACAUGUACCAUGGGUACGAGGAAAGAAGCCUAAACAACCUGUUCAGGAGAAAGAGGAGAUUAUUUUGAAACCAGUGAAGAAGGAUAUUCCAGUGGAGACAGAAGAAAAAGAAAUUGUACAGUUGAAGCCUGUUGAGAAACCGAAGCCAACAGCCGAAGAUGUGGAAAGAAUUACCCUUAAACUUGAGCCAGCAGUGGAGAAACAAAAACCAUUAGAGAAACUUGUAUCUGAAAGGGAAAUACCUUUAAUUCCAAGUAAUGAGGAAUCUCCUUUACAAGAGGGUAAGGAGAUCACCAAAGUACCUUGGCGACGUGGAAAGAAACAUGAGGCACCUGAACUGGUAAGGGAGGAAAUUACUUUGAAACCUGUGAAAAAGAGUAUUCCUGAGAAAACUGAUGAUAGGAAAGAAUUGCGAUUGAAGCCUGUACCUAAAGAGAAACCAUCAGUAGAUGAGGUACAGGAAGUUAUGCUAAAACCUGUGAAGAAGGACAAAAAGGAAGUUAUUACAGAGAAAGAGGGUGUAACUAUAAAAGAAGUAGGAGAAAACCAAAUAAGGGAAGAAAAAAAUUUGCAGGAGCUGAAACCAGAAGAGUUGCCUAAGGAUGACACUCCUACCAAAGAAUCCAUUGUACCUUGGAGAAAAAAGAAACCAGUGCCCAUGAAGGAGGCUCCACUCGAUGUGGAGGAAUUAACAGACACUGCUCCAGAAGUGUCUGAAGUUACCAUGACUCCUGAUAUGCCUAAACUUGCAGAUGCUCCAGAUAUUUUAAAGGAAGUUCUAGAUGAGAAACCAAUGCUGCUUCCUGUAAGACUGAUUGAUGAACAAGAUGAGAUGAUGAAAGAUUUAGUAUCUGUAGGUGAAAUUGCCUUGGCAAAACCCAAAGCUGUACACCCUUCAGAUAAAGAGAAAUUACUGUCUGAGAACGUGCAGGUGGAAGCUACUACAGAAACUCUUGAUUGGCACAAAGACAUUAAGGUGGAUACUUUUUCCAAAAAGAAAGUUCCUGAAGAAUCCCGACCCACAAUUCUUUCUGAUAGUACACCAAUAAGUGAAUUGGAAAUUGUGUCUCAGAAGCGGGUAACUGAUAGUGUGUUGAAGAUUCCAGAGGAACCCAUUCAAGAUGUGGAAAAUCUUGAUGUUCAUCACACAGUCAGUCAGACAGUGGUACAAAAGACAGUCACAGAAGCCACUAAAACUAUUUCAAAAGCUGUACCCCCAAGAUUUGUUAGAAAAUUGACACCUGCCAUGGUGGAACCAAACAAGAAAGCAACAUUUAUUUGUGAAGUUGAAGGAAAGCCUUUCCCUGAAUUGACUUGGUUUGUUAAUGAAAAACUGUUGCCUUUGUCAAAUCGCAUACAGACGUCAGUUCGUGAAAAAGUUGUGACACUUGAAAUAAGGGAUGUAUUUCAAGAAGAUGUUGGUAUUUAUUCCUGCCGUGCUUCAAAUCCUGCUGGUGUGGCUACAUCUGCAGCAAAUUUGAUCAUUUUGGAGAAACCAGAAAUGGGCAGGGCUCCUCAUUUUACUGAGCAACUGAAACCACUGUCAGCGGUUCCUGGACGUCCUGCUGAGCUGAAAUGUGUUGUUGUUGGUGAGCCUACGCCUGAGGUAGUUUGGUUACGUGAUGGUCAGAAAGUGUUCUCUGGACCAGGCCAGGAAAUGUACUACAAUCCCGAAUCUGGAACUGCGAGUUUGAUUAUCAGUGAACCAACAGAACAUGAUGAAGCAGUGUACAGUGUACAAGCCAUUAACAAAUUUGGCCGAGCAGAAUGCCGAGCAAAUCUCAUACUUGGUAAACCAAUAGAAGCAAGACAGCCACAGUUUAUGAGGGCACCAUAUAUAACACGUCCCUUACAAGCCAUUGCUGCAGUAAAAGAUGAGCCUGUGGAGCUGAUGGCAGCAUUUGAAGGAGAACCUGUACCAGAAGCAAAGUGGUUUCGUAAUGGAAAGGAGGUGGUGGCUUCAGAGGGAAUUGAUAUUGUGAAACAGAGAAAACAUACUGUUUUACGUAUAGAAAAGAUAAACAAAACCAGUACUGGAAUGUAUGAAGUUCGUGCUAUAAAUCCAGUUGGAGAGGCCAAAACAUCUUGUUCUGUCACUAUCAGAGAAGAACAACCUGAAAUGACUGAAGCAAGGCCACCAUCUUUCAUUAAGCCUCUACAGCCGAAGAUUGUAACUGUUGGAGAAGUUGUUAUUUUGGAGACUAUUGUAGAGUCAUACCCUACAUGUUCAUUCCAAUGGUUCCAUCUGUCUACUCCAGUGAAGUCAACAACAGAAACACGGAUUGUGACAGAAGCAAAUAAAUCAUUACUAGUUUUGCAAGAUGUUAAUGAGCAACAGACAGGUAGUUAUACAUGUCGUGCAGAGAAUGUUGUUGGAUCAGUGACUUGCACAGCAACACUAUCUGUCAUACCUGAUGAGAAAUGGGAAGAUACUAUAGAGUUAGAGGCUCCACAUUUUGAACAGAAGUUAGUGCCAUUACGAGUCAUGGAUGGAGAACCAGUGCAACUCACUUGCAAGAUUGUUGGAAAACCAAUUCCAAAAGUUAUUUGGUAUCACAAAGGACUACCUUUGAAAGAAUCUAAGGGUGUUACAAUGUACCAAGACUCAGAAGGAGUUUGUAAAUUAGCAAUUUCAGAGGUUUUUCCAGAGGAUGCUGGACAGUACACUUGCCAGGCUAUCAACAAAGCAGGAGAAGCUGUUUGUGCUGCAUCACUUGUUGUUGAAGCUUAUGAAUACGUACCUGACUCUGAGAUUGCAACAACUGGAGUAUCUCUUGUUACAGGACAGAGUGGUUCAGAAGAAGAUCUUUUAGUAGAAAAGGAGACAAUCUCUGAAGUUUCUGAAAUGACAGAAUUGCAACAUGGGGAAGUGGGAAAAGCACCUCGGUUUGUUACUUACUUGCCAGAAACUGUGACCUCACGUGAUGGUGAACUUAUAAGACUGGAGGUCAAAGCAGAAGGAAUACCAAGACCAAAGAUUAGAUGGUACAAGCAAGGAAUAGAACUUACCCCUUCAAAGGAUUUUGAUGUUGAAGAUUUUGAGGAAGGUACUUCAGUCCUCACUAUACCAGAAGUUUUCCCUGACGAUGCGGGUGAGAUUCUAUGCGAAGCUCAGAAUGAUUUUGGCAUUGACACAACAGUUACUGAACUUGUUGUAGAAGGUAUUCUAGGUACAAAGGAAUAUCGAAAACCUGAAUGGGUGACACAGAUGGAACAACUAAAGGAGAAACUGAUGGCUACCCAGAGUGUACCAACAUUUGUACAAGAAAUUAGGGACAACAGGGCUAAGGAAAUGGAAACAGUAACAUUUGAAUGUCAGUUCUCAGGGACUCCACUGCCUGAUAUAACCUGGUAUAAGAAUGGCAAAAUUCUUCGUAAUACAAGGAAUAUUCAAAUUAGAAUUAGAAACAACAAAACUACUUGUCAAAUACUAAAAGUAACCCCAGAAGAUGAAGGAACCUACAUCUGCAAAGCAACUAGCGAAGUUGGAGUAGCUGAAACCAAAGCAGAAUUGUUUGUACAAGAAUUGACUCUUGAGGAGCGCCAAAAACUGGAAGUUAAGAAAGGCACAGAGCAGCAUGAAAAGAUAAAACUGGAGAGAGUAAAAACACAGAAGAAGCCAAAAACAGAAGAAACUGUUGUCGACACAGUUUUUGAGACAGAGAGGAAAAGGGAAAUUGUGGACAUCCAGGAGACACAUGUUCUGGAAUCCACUGCGCAGUUUGCAGAGAAAACAAAAAAGGUCACUGCACAGAAAGUCUUUUCAGUUCAAGAUUCAGUUGAGAUAUCUGCAAUUGCAUCAUGUAAAAAAGUUGAUGACACAAGUGAAAAACCCACUUUGACAGAAGAAAAGGCAAAAGAAAUUGUUCCAAUUCAAGAAAGUGUUACAAUUUCUGAAGUGGAUGUUAAAGAUGAUGUGAAAUAUAUUAAGACACAGAAGACCAAAGUGACAGCUGAUACAAAAGUAAAUAUACAGGAGUCAGUAUCCAUUUCACAACUGAAAAGUGAAGAUAUGGUGAAAGAAUUUGAAGUAAAGCCCUUAGAGGAGCAAGCAGAUAGGAAGAUCAGUGUCCAAGAAUCUGUUAGUGUGUCUGAAGUUAUUACAGAAGACAGAGUCAUAGAUCUGAAAGAAACAAAACCAAAAGAAGAAGAAGCUGUGUUGAUGAAGCCUGUACAAGAGAGUUUCCUAGUAACUGAAACUCUGUCAGAGACUACUAUAACUGAAAUGAAAGAUGCAAAAACCAUGGAGAGUGCAGAAUACAAAGUGCCCAUUUUAGAACCCAUGGUUAUAUCUGAAAUACAGACUGAAACUACAGUUGAAGAAGUCAAAGACAAAAAACCCAAAAGUUAUCAAGCGAAGCCUGAUAAGAGUCCUGUACAGCAAGAAGUAGCAGAAAUUACUGAGGUUAAACUAGAAAUGGCACCAGCGUUACAAAAGAAGAAAGAGCAAGUAUUGGUUGAAAAGGAAAAGAAGGAAGCUGAGGAAGUAGUGACAGAGAAAAAGAAAACAGAUAUUGUGACAAAGAAGAAGACUGCUGUCAAAAAGAAAGAUCUCGAGGAAGAAGAAGAAAUUAUUGUCCAGCGUGCAUUGAAGACUAUGCAAAAGCUAGAAAGAUGGGAACGUGUGAAACAGGCACAGGAAGUAGAGGAGUUGCUACAUUUGAUUCCUGUUCAAGAAUUUGGACCAGAAAGUGAAAAACCUUUACGUGAACUGGCACGUGUUGGCUGGUUGCUACGGCGAGGGUUAAAUGUGCAAGAAGUAACGGCACUUCACCGUGCUGGACACUUCCAGGAACUUCGCACACCAUUGGCUCAGUCUGCUCUCGUUUCUUUAGUGGAACGUCAAGGGCACGGAGUUCUGGUUUCACAAGCUCUUGCAGAGGAGGAUGAAGUCCAAGGGCCAGAAACAGCUGGCUUCCGUGCAUUUCUUCGUAUGAUUGAACUGGAAUAUGCCACUGUUGAACAAGCUGUUACUCUUUUUGCUCCUGAAGAUUUCCGCCCAGACUCGUGGGAAGUCCAAGAAGCUACAGAGGUUGUGGAGAAGACACAUAUAACACAACAGGCAGAAACUAUAAAACAAGUUGAAGUUCGUAUUGCUGAUGAGAAGAAAGUGACUAAGAAGAAGAAGACAAAGACUGAAGUUGAAAAAGAAGAAACUCUUGAAGAGAUAGACCAUGAACGGCGCACAGCAUCCAGGACUGCUGCAGAAAAACCACAACCCCAUGAACGACUAAUACCUAUAGAGGUGGAAAGGGAUGAGGGGGUACUGAUUACAGAAUUACCUACUGACCACCAAAUUACAAUAACUGAGCCCUCUCUUGCUAUUGUUACUCAACCAGCUGAAGAACUUGGUGUGCAGAAGACAAGAGCUGAAGAAGAAGAUAAAAAGUUUGAGGAGGAUGAAGAACUAAUUAUAAUUGAAGAAAGAAAGGGGGAGGGUAUCAGAAGCCAACGGAGAAAGAAGGUCAUCAGACAGAAAUCCGAGGAAGAGGUUGAGGUGGAAAUACAGGUGGUAGGUGGCGAGAAAAGAAAGGUGAAGAAAAUAAUAAAAGCUACUCAACCAGACACAUCUGAAGAAAUGAUUGAUGAAGAAUAUUUGCAGGAAAUAAAACCGUUUGAGAAAACUGUGCAGAAAGCUUUGCCCCUUUUAAGUACAAAACAAGUGUCAGAGACUGUACCGUCUGUGCAUAUUACGGAACUACAGACAGAAGUUGAGGAUCGUGGUGAGCAUGUAAAAGUGAACAUGUUGACUCUAAGCGCAGUAUCUGGAGAACAAGUGCUUGUGGAAGAACAUGAAGUUCCCACAAAAUCAACAAAAUUUGAAGGUAUAAAAGCAUCUCAGCGAUUUGACACCAUUGAACCUUAUACUGUUACGGAAGCAGAUGUGCAUACUCGUGCACGAGAAUUCUCUGAUGUGUUCCAGCCACAGUCAUUUGAGGCUAGUGUGGCUAUUAUUCCACGAGAAGGUGUAGUUGUAAGUGAGAUGACUGUGCGUGCUGGAACUGGUGAGUUGGUGGAAUUGGCUGAAGGACAACAGAAGCAGGCAACCAUUGGUUUAACACUGCAAGAAGCAACCAGUGUAAGUGAGACUGAAAUUUCAGUAAAAGAAGGUGACUUCACAGAUCUCAGAAAACCCAAACAGAGGCAAGCAGAACAUAUUUUCUUACCAAAUGAAGGAAUAUCUGUAUUAGAAGUAACAGAGGGUACUUCUGAGAAUGUUCUUCAGAUUACCUCAAAGCCACUUCCUGUGAAACCUCGUGUUCAGGUACCAUCUGCAGAACCAUUGCUGGUUAGUGAGGUGUUUCCUGAGAUGAAACCAGGAAAAUAUCUGCCAGAAUCAUUUGUAGCAACAGAAAUGGCAAGUAAAAGUGUAGUGGCUCAACAUGGAAUCUCAACUCUAGAAAUGCAUGCACCAGAGAAGGAAGGUGAGUAUGUGUCAGAUCGUCUCCCGCCAUCACAGAUAGCUGGAUCAGAAAUUACUCCAGGAGAGGCAUUACAGGUUUCACAGUCAGAUGUGCAGGAAGCUGAAGCCCCAUUAGCUGCGAAACAACAGCCAGAGACUGCCACAGCAGAAGAAGAUGUUACUCUUAUGCGAGGUAUUACUGUAACCACUGUGGAAGCACAGCUGCAAGAGAAGGCCUUCAGGAGUGAUGAGCAUGAUGCCAAAAAAGCAGGUGUCUUGUUUAUGGAGAAAGAAUCUAUACAGGCAGCAUUCAUGACAGCAGUAGAAAGAGAGGCAGAACUUGCUCCAGAGGAGAAACCAGCUGAAAAAACAGCAGAACCUGUUCUCUCUUGUUUGGAAGCUGCUGAUGUAUCUGUAUCUCUUGUGCAGGAAAUGGAAGGUGAACUUCUUGCAGACAAGUCACCACUAAAAGUUCAAGCUGAAGCUAGUGUCAGGCCGGAAGAACCACUUUCCAUAUUGGAGGUUUGCGCAGGACAUGCAUCUGCUGAGCUGUCAGAGAGCUUAAGAUAUCGCACUGAUGAAGCAGUGUCUGUAUUUGAAACAACAGAAGCUAAGCAAGUAUCAGUGAUACUUGCACAAGAAAAAGAAAGUAUGCUACCUGACCUUCAGAAACCUCUGCCAGCUCAGGGUGAAAAAUCAUUUUCACCACAGACAGGUCUAACUGUUGUGCAGACAGUGGCAGAGGAGUCAGAAGGAAUAUUUUUGGCAGCUGAACUGCCAGAAAGUCAUAGAGUGAAGACAUCACCAACUCAGCCUUUUCAGUCAAUUGUUAUUGAAGAAACUCUUGCACAAGGACAUGCAGGUCAUAUAGAAAGGGAUACACCAGCAUUAGGUAUUGCUAAAGCUGACAGAGAACUCCUUCGAGAGAUGAUUAUAGAGGAGGCUAUUACAGGUGAAGGUCUGCAGUCGUACAAGGAAGCAAUGAAACCAGACAGUAAACAAGCAGGCAUUACAGUUCUACAAGAAGAGAGUUUAACUGUUACUGAAGUGGUUACAGAAGACAAAGAAGCUGGAUAUACAAAGCCCACAAUGCCAACUGAAUGCUUUGCUCUUCCAGAAAUAAAAGGCCAAAAGGUGGCAAUCAAGACAGAAGUGAGACCAGAUAUCUCUGCUGUACCAUUAUCUAGUGAAUAUCCAACAAGAGAAACUGCUAAACCUGAUCAGAUUCCACUUGAAAGCCUUCUUGUGACACUUGCACAAAUGGUUGAGAAAGAAGGUGAGUUGUCCAAAGAUAUAAAGCCAGAUAUAAAGAGUGCAACAGUUGAUUUAACAGAGAGACAUUCAGAGAUUAGUGUGACACAAGUAGUGGCACAUGAUAAAGAAAAAGAAUAUGUUACAGAACAGUCUCCUAAACAAAUGACAGCCACAGCCAGUGUACCAGUUCAUGAAGUGGCUAUUAAGUCAGAGACAUUGCCAGAGUUAAAUGUUGGUGAUCUUCCUGAGAGAGAACAUGUCACAGGUAGAGCAAAGCCUGAUAAUGAACCACUGCAAGAACUUAUAAUCACAGAGACAGCUAUUACUGAAGUUGAGAGACAACUUAAAGAAGGUGUGAAGCCAGAGAAAAGGACUGCAGAUGUAGCCAUUGAUGUAGGUGAAGGAAUAUCAAUUACAGAAAUUGUCACUGACCAUAAAGAGGCUAUCCUUGAAUCCCCAGAAAUGCCAAAACAGAGGCAGGCCACUCUCAAUAUCCGUAGCCAAGAAGUUGCUCAGAAGGAGGAAGUGGUGAUGGAUUAUGUCACUGGUGAAUGGAAGAGGCAGUCACCAGUUAAGGAAAGUGCUCACCCAGAACAGGAUGCACUGGAAUGUGCUGUGUUACUACAGCCACAUAUUGGUGAAAGGGAAGGUCUUUAUAGUGCAGAUAUUAAGCCAGAUGAAAAAACAGCUAACAUUACCUUUGAAGAAGGUCAGACACUAAGUGUCACAGAAGUUUUGCCUGAUGACAAAGAAAAACCACUUGAAAUUCCGGAAGCUCCAAACAAAUAUAAAGCAACAGCAGACUUCCGAACUCAAGAAGUUGCAGUGAAGUCUGAAAUAAUAGCUGGGUUAAAUGUCACAGAAAUAACACAUGUAGAGCCAUCAACAGCAGAAGCCACUAAAGACCAGAUUCCAUAUCAGAGUUUUAUUCUUUGUGAGACUCUGACAGGAGAAAAGGAAUCUGAGUAUCAGCCAUUAAUUAUGCCUGAUUCCAAAGUAGCAGAUACUGUUAUCUUGGAAGAAGAGGGACUUACUGUAAAUCAGGUAACUACUGGAGAUGUGGAGACAACAUUUUCUUCACCAGAGAAGCCAGAAGGAAAGAAAGCAUUUCCAUCUGUAAUAGGGCAAGAAAUAGCUGAGAAAACAGCAGUUUGGAUUGAAAGUAGUGUGGGUAAGUUACCAUACGAAGAGCCCCAGUGUGUACAAGCUUUAGCGGAACAAUUGCCACAUCAUAGUUUGAUUCAAUCAGAAAUGGCUCCUGUGGAAUGUGAAGGUGUAUACUCAGUGGGUGUACAGCCAGAUAGUAAGAGUGCAGAGGUUGUAAUUGAUGAAGCAAAAAUGUUAGCCAUUACGGAAGUCAUCACACAAGACAAGGAAGGGCAUUAUGAAGCUCCCAUCAAACCAGAUGGCAAGUUUGCAAAACCUGGUGUAUUGGGACAGGAAGUAGCUCAGAAGAUAGAGGUAGUGACAGAAUCAAGAACUGGUGAAAUACUUUUAGAGACUCCAGUCAAAGUGCAAGCCACAUCUGAACAAUUGACAUUUGAGAGUCUACAGCAGGCAGAAGCAACUGUGCAAGAACGAGAAGGAGAAUUUAAAGAGAAACUGAAAUACGAUAUGCUACAUGCAAAUCUGGAAUUUGAACAGGGUAAGAGUUUGACCAUUACUGAAAUAUUGGCACAAGAUAGAGAAGAAAUAAUUGCAACUGUGGAAAAGCCAAAGGAAAGAAAGGCAAGGACAGAUAUCAGUGGCAAAGAAGUGGCAGAAAAGACUGAAAUUGUACCUGAAUUUGGAAUGGGGAAACUAGAGGAAGAAAAAACUUCACCAGCUCAAGCAAAGAAGGCUCAUUUGCCCUUCGAAAGUGUUAUUAAAAUGGAAGUAAGCAUAAGAGAGUGUGAGGAACCCUUGAAGGGUGAUAUUAAGCCCAUAGCCAAACUUGCUGAAAUUGUAUUUGAAGAAGGUCAGCCACUACAAGUUACUUCAAUGGUGACAGGAGACAGAGAAAGUGAAUAUGUAACUCCUGAAAAGCCAAGUGGCAAAGUGGCUCAUUCAGAAGUUCUCACUCAUGAAGUUGCAGAGAAAUCUGAAAUAGUUCCAGGUUUGAAUAUCAGGGAACUGGUUCAGCAGGAGCCUCUCAAAGUAAAAGCAAACACUGAACAGGCACCAUUUGAAAGUGUAAUGCAGAUACAAGCUCUUAUUCAAGAAAGUGAAGGAACAUUUGAAAAGGGUGAACUUCCUGCUUUUAGAAAGGCAGGAUUAAAUUUUGAAGCAGAACAAUCUCUCACUAUUUCAGAGGUCACACUUGGCGAUAAGGAACUUCUUUAUACUGCACCUCAAUUACCCAAAGAAAGACAAGCACAGCCAGACAUAACCGAAAGCCAGGAGGUGGCAGAACAAAGUCAGGUGCUCACAGAAAUAGGGGUUGGUCAAAUUGAAACAAUAGUCCCAGUGUCAGAAACAGCUAAACUAGGACAUGACGUUCUUCAAAGUGUUAUGGUCUAUGAGAGUCAAACUCAUGAAAAUGAAUCUGAGUUUGUCAAAAAACAAUUACCAGUGACAAAAAAAGCUGAUGUCUUCAUAGAAAAGGGAAGGAAGGCACAAACUGUUACAGAAGUAAUUGCAGAUCUCAAGGAGGGAACUGUGAAAGAACUGGAGAUACCAACAGGAAAGAAAGCACGCCCUGAUAUUCUUGGCCAUGAGAUAGCAGAAAAGGCUGAAGUUGUAACACAUCUUUCUGUUGGCGAUGUCAUGGAACACAAAGUACAUAGGACUUUUGCAUCAUUGGAACAAGUUCCAUUUGAGGGCAUUGUUCAAUCUGAAGCUGUAGUCCGUGAGAAAGAAAAUACCUUUAUCUCUGAUUUAAAAAUGGUCACUGCAAGUGCAGAGACAAUGUUUGAGGAAGGUAAAAGUGUCACUAUCUGCCAAGUUAUACCAGAAGACAAGGAGGAUGAUUUUGUGGCAGCACAAAAGCCCAAAACACGAAUAGCUCAACCAGAAAUAGAGGCCCAUGAAAUAGCUGAAAAAUCUGAGGUUAUACCAGAAACAGGAGUUUCAGAACUUUCAUUUCAGGUCCCAAAACAUGCACAAGCUAAACCAGAGUCAUUAUUAUUUGAAGGCCUGGUUCAGUCAGAAGUUGCUGUCCGAGAAAGUGAGAUAGAUUUUGAUGGCAAAUUAAAAUUAGAUAAGAGGACUGUAGAUGUUUCAUUUGAGGAAGGCAGUAGCGUCACAAUAAUGGAGGUUAUUCCAGAUGACAAAGAAGCCCAGUAUUUGUCUCCUGUGGCACCUGAAUCUAAAGUAGCUCUACCACACAUAUCUGGGCAUCAGAUAGCAGAGAAAUCAGAGGUAUUACCAGAACUUAGCCUUGGACCUGUUGAUGUGAGACCUACACAGAAAAUACAGGCUGAUGUUCAACAGAUUCCAUUUGAAGGUAUUGUUCAGUCUGAAGCAAUUAUCCGUGAGAAGGAAGACAUAUUUAAGUCAGGUGUGAAGAAAGUGUCGGCCACUGCAGAGAGGAAAUUUGAGGAGGGCAGAAGUGUUACUGUAAGCCAAAUCAUAGCAGAAGACAAGGAAGGAGACUAUGUAGUUACUGAGAAACCCAAGGCCCAAAUGGCUGAACCAGAUGUCCAAGUGCAGCAAGUUGCUCAAAAAAUUGAGGUAAUUACAGAAGUAGCAGCAUCUGACCUCUCGGUUGAAAAACCUAAGAAGGCACAAGCUAAAUCUGAAUCCUUCUUGUUUGAAAGCUUAGUUCAGUCAGAAAUUACUGUUCGUGAAAGUGAAAUUGAAUUUACUAGUCAAUUUAAAGAAGAUAAGAAGAAAGUGGAUGUAUCAUUUGAAGAAGGUAGAGGUGUGACAAUAACAGAAGUAGUUCCAGAUGACAGAGAAUCUCAGUACAUUUCUCCUACAGCGCCAGAGAGUAAAGUAGCCUUACCAAACAUAUCUGGACAUGAGAUAGCAGAGAAAUCAGAGGUAUUAGCAGAACUUAGCCUUGGACCUGUUGAUGUGAGACCUACACAGAAAAUACAGGCUGAUGUCCAACAGAUUCCAUUUGAAAGUAUUGUACAGUCUGAAGCAAUUAUCCGUGAGAAGGAAGACGUCUUUAAGUCAAGUGUAAAGAAAGUGUCUGCUACUGCAGAGAGGAAAUUUGAGGAAGGCAGGAGUGUUACUGUAAGUGAAAUCAUAGCAGAAGACAAGGAAGCUGACUAUGUUAUCACUGAGAAACCCAAAGCCCAAAUGGCUGAACCAGACAUCCAAGUACAGCAAGUCGCUGAAAAAACUGAAGUGAUUACGGAAGUGGCAGCGUCUGACCUCUCAGUUGAGAAACCUAAGAAGGCACAAGCUAAAUCUGAAUCCUUCUUGUUUGAAAGCUUAGUUCAGUCAGAAAUUACUGUUCGUGAAAGUGAAAUUGAAUUUACUAGUCAAUUUAAAGAAGAUAAGAAGAAAGUGGAUGUAUCAUUUGAAGAAGGUAGAGGUGUGACAAUAACAGAAGUAGUUCCAGAUGACAGAGAAUCUCAGUACAUUUCUCCUACAGCGCCAGAGAGUAAAGUAGCCUUACCAAACAUAUCUGGACAUGAGAUAGCAGAGAAAUCAGAGGUAUUAGCAGAACUUAGCCUUGGACCUGUUGAUGUGAGACCUACACAGAAAAUACAGGCUGAUGUCCAACAGAUUCCAUUUGAAAGUAUUGUACAGUCUGAGGCAAUUAUCCGUGAGAAGGAAGACAUCUUUAAGUCAAGUAUAAAGAAAGUGUCUGCCACUGCAGAGAGGAAAUUUGAGGAAGGCAGGAGUGUUACUGUAAGUGAAAUCAUAGCAGAAGAUAAGGAAGGUGACUAUGUAAUUACUGAAAAACCCAAAGCCCAAAUGGCUGAACCAGAUGUCCAAGUACAGCAAGUUGCAGAAAAAACUGAAGUCAUUACAGAAGUAGCAACUUCUGACCUUUCUGUCGAAAAACCUAUGAAGGCUCAAGUUAAAUCCAAAUCCAUCUUGUUUGAAAGCUUAGUUCAGUCAGAAGUUACUGUUCGUGAAAGUGAAAUUGAAUUUACUAGUCAAUUUAAAGAAGAUAAGAAGAAAGUGGAUGUAUCAUUUGAAGAAGGUAGAGGUGUGACAAUAACAGAAGUAGUUCCAGAUGACAGAGAAUCUCAGUACAUUUCUCCUACAGCACCAGAGAGUAAAGUAGCCUUACCAAACAUAUCUGGACAUGAGAUAGCAGAGAAAUCGGAGGUAUUAGCAGAACUUAGCCUUGGACCUGUUGAUGUGAGACCUACACAGAAAAUACAGGCUGAUGUUCAACAAAUUCCAUUCGAAGGUAUUGUUCAGUCUGAAGCAAUUAUCCGAGAGAAGGAAGAAAUCUUUAAGUCAGGCAUGAAGAAAGUGUCUGCCACUGCAGAGAGAAAAUUUGAAGAAGGCAGAAGUGUUACUGUAAGCGAAAUCAUAGCAGAAGACAAGGAAGGUGACUAUGUAAUUACUGAAAAACCCAAAGCGCAAAUAGCUGAACCAGACGUCCAAGUGCAGCAAGUUGCAGAGAAAACUGAGGUAAUUACAGAAGUAGCAGCAUCUGACCUCUCGGUUGAAAAACCUAAGAAGGCACAAGCUAAAUCUGAAUCCUUCUUGUUUGAAAGCUUAGUUCAGUCAGAAAUUACUGUUCGUGAAAGUGAAAUUGAAUUUACUAGUCAAUUUAAAGAAGAUAAGAAGAAAGUGGAUGUAUCAUUUGAAGAAGGUAGAGGUGUGACAAUAACAGAAGUAGUUCCGGAUGACAGAGAAUCUCAGUACAUCUCUCCUACAGCACCAGAGAGUAAAGUAGCCCUACCAAACAUAUCUGGACAUGAGAUAGCAGAGAAAUCAGAGGUAUUAACAGAACUUAGCCUUGGACCUGUUGAUGUGAGACCUACACAGAAAAUACAGGCUGAUGUUCAGCAGAUUCCUUUUGAAGGUAUUGUUCAGUCUGAAGCAAUUAUCCGUGAGAAGGAAGACAUCUUUAAGUCAAGUAUAAAGAAAGUGUCUGCCACAGCAGAUAGGAAAUUUGAGGAAGGCAGGAGUGUUACUGUAAGUGAAAUCAUAGCAGAAGAUAAGGAAGGUGACUAUGUAAUCAUGGAGAAACCUAAACCCCAGGUAGCUGAAGCUGAAAUAGGAGUGCAACAAGUUGCUGAGAAAUCUGAAGUAUUUACAGAAGUGGCAACAUCUGAUCUCUCAGUUGAAAAACCAAAGCAUGUACAAGCUACAGCUGAACAAUUGUUGUUUGAAAGCUUAGUUCAGUCAGAAAUUACCUUUCGUGAAAGUGAAUCUGAUUUUGUGAGUCAGCUCAGAGAAGACAAGAAGAGAGUCAAAGUAUUGUUUGAAGAAGGGCAAGGUGUGGCAAUAACAGAAGUAGUGCCAGAUGACAAGGAGUCUCAGUAUAUUUCUCCUGGGGCACCAGAGACUAAAGUUGCUCUGCCAAAUGUGUCUGGGCAGGAGGUUGCACAGAAAUCACAGGUGUUUCCUGAUAUGUCUCUUGGUGAAGUAAAAGUGAAGGCCCCCCAGGAACUUCAAAUCACCAUUGAUCAAGUUCCCUUUGAAAGCAUAAUACAGUCAGAAGCUUUAGUGAGUGAAAGAGAGGAGCAUUUCCAAUCUGAUUCUAAAAUGAUAUCAGCAAGUGCAAAGAGUGUGUUUAUUGAAGGUAAGAGCAUAACUGUGUCUCAGGUAGUUCCUGAAGAUAAGGAAACUGUGUGUGUUGUUGAAGACAGACCUAAGGAACAGAAGGCUGUAGUAGAUAUUCGUGGACAAGAAAUAGCUGAGAAGUCUGAAAUUGUAGCUGGUACAGGAAUACGUGAGUUUUCUGUGGGUUUGCCUAAACUUGUACAAGCUCAGCCAGAAGCUAUUCUUCAUGAAGGACUAGUACAAACAGAGGCUGCUGUUCAAGAAAAUGAACAGACAUUUGAGGGGAAAUUUGUACCUGAUUCUAGAAGUGCAGGUAUGACAUUUGAAGAAGAAAGAGGUGUUACUAUUACUGAAGUAAUUCCUGAACAUAAGGAAGCAAUAUAUACUGCACCCGAUUUUCCUGAAACCAAACUUGCCCUGCCAGAUGUAACACCAACAGAAGUAGCACAGAAGCUUGAGAUUUGUGCAGAUAUUUCUCUAGGAGGAAUUGAUGUCAGACCAGUGCAGAAACUUCAGGUGAGCCCAAGGCAACUUCCUUUUGAAAGUUUGAUGCAGUCAGAACCAAUUAUUCGUGAAAAGGAAGGAGAAUUUACUUCUGGUGUAACCGCUGUUACAGUAACUGCAGAGAGGAGUUUUGAAGAAGAGAGAAGUUUAACAAUUAGUCAAAUUAUCACAAGUGAUAGAGAAGUGGAUUAUAUGGUAGAACAGCAGCCAAAGCAACUUAUAGCUGAGGCAUCUGUGUAUGGUACUGAAGUGGCACAGAAAUCUGAAGUCAUGACACAUGUUAGCAUAAAUGAAUUUGAUGUAACUAUCCCAAAAACUGCACAGGCUCAACCACAUUCUGUACCUUUUGAAGGAAUUUUACAAACGGAGGCUAUAGUACGAGAAAAGGAACAAGACUUUGUAGGAUUAGAACACCUGAAGGAAAGCAGCAGGUAUGCAGACAUUGCAUUUGAAGAAGGAAGUGGAAUUACCAUUACAGAAAUUUUUGAGCAACAUAAAGAAGGCCAAUAUGUAACACCUACUCUUCCAGAUUUCAAGUCAAUAAAGCCAAAUAUUGAUACAAAAGAGGUAGCUGAAAAAUCUGAAGUUCUCACUGAAACAUGUGUUGGGGAAGUUGAAGUGAAACCAGUCAAGAAACUAAAAAUUAGUUUUGACCAAACACCAUUUGAAAGCAUUAUUCAGUCACAGGCAAUUGUUAGUGAAAAAGAAGGAGAAUUCCAUGCUGAUGUGAAAAAAGUAAUGGCAAGUGCAGAAAAAGGCUUCGAAGAGGGCAGAAGUGUUACUAUCACAGAGGUUGUUACUGAAGAUAAGGAAGCUGACUAUGUAGCUACAAAACUGCCAAAACCUCAAACUGCACAAACAGAAAUUCGUGGACAGGAGAUUGCUGAGAAAUCUGAAAUUGUCACUCAGUUUGGUACAGCUGAGUUGCAUACAGAUGUACCAACCACUGCACAGGCCUUCCCAGAAUCACUUCCUCUUCAGAGUCUUAUCCAGACUGAAGCAGUUGUUCAGGACAGAGAAAGUGACUUUGUGGAUCAAUCUAGACCAGAUUCCAAGAGUGCAGCUAUAGUAUUUGAGGAAGGACAGGUUGCAUCGGUAACACAGGUGGUUCCAGAAGAUAAAGAAAGCGAAUAUUUUGCUCCAGAGGUAAUUGAAACAAAAACUGCACAACCCAACAUCUCAGGUAAAGAAGUGGCUCAGAAGUCUGAAGUAUUGACAGAAUUAUGUCUGGGAGAAGUUGAAAUUAAAUCUGCACAGCAAGUACAGAGUAAAGUGGAACAAAUUACAUUUGAAAGUAUCAUGCAGUCAGAAGCAUUAGUUCAAGAAAAGGAACAAGAACAGGACUUGCGUCUAGAUAUAAGAUCAUCUCUGAAGAGAGCUGAGACAAGCUUCACUGAAGGAAAGAGCAUUACUGUCACACAAAUAAUUCUGGAAGAUAAGGAAGAAGACUAUUCAAUUGGAAAAAAGCCAGAAGAGCAUGCUGUUGUACCUGAAAUUGAAAGUAGGGAAAUUGCAGAGAAAUCUGUAACUCUGAGUGAAAUGAGUGUUGGAGAACUCUCCAUAGAAAAGCCCAAAUUGCUUAAGCUUCAGCCAGAUUCCAUACCUUGUGAAGGACUGUUACAAACAGAAGCUAUUGUACAGGAAAAAGAGAGAGACUUUAUUGGACACCUGAAACUAGACUCAAGGAAUGCAGAUGUUGCCUUUGAGGAAGGAAGAGGAAUUUCAGUAACAGAAGUUGUUUCAGAAGAUAAGGAAAGCCAAUACAUUGUUCCUGAAGCACCACUGAGUAAAGCAACACUUUCUGAUAUAUCAAGAAAAGAAGUUUUACAUACAUCAGAAGUAAUUCCUGACACUUGUCUUGCAGAUUUCAAAACACAUCCUGCUCAGGAAAUGCAUGUUACAGUGGAACAAAUUCCAUAUGAAAGUUUGAUACAGACACAAACUGAAAUUCAGGAAAGUGAAGUGGAAUUUAGAAGAUCUACUCAAAUUACAGAAAAAAAUGCUAAACCAAAGUUUGAAGAAAGAAGAAGUCUAAGUGUCCUUCAAGUGACAACACAGCAGAAGGAAGGAAACAUUGAGGUUUCUGAGUUUCCAAAAUUUCAACAAGCAACGCCUGAUAUGAUAAGCCAAGAAUCUGUUCAGUUAAGUGAAGUAAUUCCUGGAGUUUCUGUGGGAGAUGUUAAGCAGGAAGCUGACGUGAAAGAAAAGGCCAAAUACAGUCAGGAUCUCACUGAAGGUGUUAUUAUAUCUGAAGAACUUAUACAAGAAAAGGAACGUACUUUUGACAAGGUUUUCCAGCCUGAAACAAAAAGUGCAGAUAUUGAAUUUGAGGAACAGAGAGCUACAGCUGUAUCAGUUGUCAUAGCAGAAGAUAAAGAAGGUUUCUUUGUCUCUUCAGAAGCUCCAAAAACAGGUGUCGCCAAGCCAAAGAUACCAGUUAAGGAAGUAGCAGAGAAAGUAGAAAUUGUCACAGAACAGGACAUUGCUGAUCUAGUUAGUGAGAAACCCAUGGAAAUGCAUGCUAAGCCACAGCAGCAACCAAUAGAAACUGUAUUACAAACAGAAGUACUUGUUAGGGAAAGGGAAGGAAUGUUUUAUGGUGACUCCAAACCAGAUACUCAAAAUGUUGAAGUCACAUAUGAUGAUGGGAAGAAGGGUAUCAUGGUCACCCAAGUUAUUCCUGAAGAUAAAGAGGGUAUUUAUCAAGAAAAAGAUGUUCCAAAGAAGCAAACUGCUGUGCCACAAGUACCAGAAAAAGAAGUUAUUCAACAGUUGGAAGUCAUUCCUGGCCACACAACAGAAGAAGCUUCCCUUCACAUAAUACCCACAAAAAGUAAAGCAACAACCGAACAGUUACCAUAUGAAAGUAUCAUUCAAAGUGAGACCUCCUUGCAAGAAAGGGAGGGGAUUUUCAAGCCCACACUGAAGCCAGAUAUAUCAAGUGCAGAGCUGAAAUUCCAAGAGGGGCAAAGCGUCAUGGUUACAGAAGUGAUAGUGCAAGAUACAGAAGGUACAAAGGUUGUCACAAAAACUGUGAAAGAAGAGAUUGCUCACAAAGAUAUUGUAGAACAAGAGGCAGCUUUCAUGUCUGAAGUGCAUCCAGAGAAUGGAAUAGGUAGACUAGAUGUAGAUAUUCCCACCCCAAUUGUGGCAAAAGAGUCUGCUCCCCAGGCACAACACAGCAUAAUGGUCACCGAACUACAGAGCACUGGUGAGGUUGAAGCUAAGCUGCCAGACCUCAUCAAACCAUCACCAAAGAGAGUCAGCAUCUCCUUUGAAGAGGGAACCAAUGUCAUUGUAACAGAAGUGCAGCCAGAAGACAGAGAGGAGGGCCUGGACGACAAUACAUCAGCCUCUCAGACACGUCACAUCACUGCUACACAAGUGACCGACCAUAUGCCUGAGGUAAAAGUAAUUGAAACUACAACUGAGAUCCUUCAAGGUGAGUACACUAUAAAGAGUGCAGACAGAGAAUCUGCUGAUGAAGACACCGGGGAUGUAGACACAGUCCACAAACUUGAGACACCAGUUUUAGAGCUGAAAAGCUUACCAGACCAUGACAAGGAACAGGGCACUACUGAUGAAAUUGAAGUUAAGGAAAAGAUGGUGAAACCCAUGAUUAGAAAGAAGACGACGUUCCCAAUUGAGGACAGUAAAACUGCAACGGAAGACGACACAAGGGAAGAAACUGUGACACUAUUGGAAGAAUGUGAGGAGGAAAAGGCGGAUAAGCAUCCUGAGGAUGACAGGGAGGUUGGGAAGGUUGUUGAAGGAGCUAUGGAAGACACAAGAAAAGAGAAGAAAAUGAAACGUAUUAUCAAGAGGAAGAAGAUUACUCUGGUAGAAGGGGAGAAACCGUUAGGAGAGGAUAUAAAAGAGGAAACUGCACCACUGCAUGAGAAGCCAGAAGAAGAGAAAGAAAAUCAAAUCUGUGAGAGCACCAUGAUGGUUGAGAAAGCUGAGGACAGAGAGAUGGAAGAAACAACUGAUGAGAAGAAAGUGAAACGUAUAGUGAGAAGAAAGAAGGCUACACCAAAUGAAGAGGAGAAACCAUCAACAGAAGGUGCAGAGGAGGAAACUGUGACAUUGUUUCAAAAGCCUAAAGAGGAGGAGAAGCCAGAGGUUGGUGAGAGGGAGAAGGAAGAAAUUACUGAAGACAUCAAACUGAAACACAUUAUCAGGAAGAAAAAAACUAAGCCAGCUAAAGAGAAGAAACUUUCUGAGGAACCUGUAGCACCAUGUGAUAAACCAGAAGAUGAGGAGCUAUAUGAAACUCCUGAGGUGGUCACAACGGUUGAAAAAGCUGAGGAGGAAGAGACAGAAGAAACAUCAAAAGAGAAGAAAGUGAAACGCAUACUCAGAAGGAAAAGGAUUACACCAACUGAAGAGGAGAAACCUUCAGUGGAAGGUACAAAGCAGGAAACUGCUUCACUGACAGAAAAGCCCAAAGAUGAGGAGAAGUCAGAAAUUUCUGAAGGCGAGGAGGAAAAACUGACUGACCAGACAAAAAAGAAACGCAUUAUCAGGAAGAAAAAGGAGAAGGAGAAACCUUCAGAUGAGGGUAAACAAGAAGAACCAUUGCCAGUACUGGAGACGCCAGAGGAGCAAAAGGCAGAGGAAAUUCCUGAAACAGUCAAGGAGGCUGAAGAUGUGGAACAAGUGGAAGCAACAAAACAAAAGAAGGUUAAGCGCAUAGUCAGGAAAAAGAAGGUAGUGCCAGAAGAGGCAGAAAAACCUGUAGAGGAAGAAAUGAUUGAAGAUAUCUUGCCAUUACCAGAGAAACCUGCUGAAGGAAAGGCAGAUACAGAAGAGAAAACUGACAGUGUGCCAGUAGCUAAAGAUGAGGUUCCUGAAACUGUUGAUGAAACUGAACAUAAAAAAGUGAAACGAAUUGUCAAAAAGAAAAAGAAAACUGUUCCAGAAGAAGAUGAAAAGCCAAUUGGUGUGGAGAAAGAAGAAACUAUUAUGCCAUCCUUGGAAAAAUCUGAGGAAGAACUACCCGAAGAAAAGGCUGAUAUUGAAGAGGAUACUACAACAGUACCUGAGGACUCUAAGGGAAGGAGGGUAAAGAGAAUUGUGUCCAAAACAAAGAAAGGCAUUCCGAAGGAAGAGGAGAAACCAACAGAAGAUAAGGCAGAAGAAGAUGUAGCUCCUAUAAAACCAACAAAAGACAAACCUGCCAAGAAGAAGAAAGUCACUGCACUACAAAUGAUGAAAAUUGAGAGGAAAGAAAUUAAAGCUACUCAGCUGAAGGUGAUUGAUGUCAAAGAAGACAUUCCCCUAUUUGCACAGAUAAAACUGAAGAAAGUGACACCUGUCAAGAAACGAGAAAUAAAGGGUGUGACAAUUCCGAAAGUCUUGCUUAAGAGUAACAUUAAAUUUAUCGAUUAUCCACCAGCUGAACAGAAACCAAUCAUAACAGUUCUUGAGGUGCACUUUGACAAGGGUAUUUUGUCACGGAACUAUCAGGAAGCACUGAAAGUGCAGAAGAGAAAAGUAAAAAAAGUACGAAUAAAGGAUAAGGAAGCAACUGAGUUGGAGGAACCUGAGAAGUUCCCUGCAGAUGACACAGAAAAACCGGAACCUACAGAGAAAGUUGAUCAGCCGACAUGGCAGAGCUUGCCAAAGAAACCUACACCUGAACAACAAGAAACAAAGAAGCUUGAUAUUGGGAAAGGAAAAGUCCCAGAGCAGGAAACUCCUGUCCCAGAGGACAUCAAGUUGAAAAAGAUUCCUGAAAAACCAACACCUGGUGAAGAGGAGCAGAAGAUCAAGCCAUCGAAAAAAGAUGGAGAUGAACAAAAGAUGAAGAAGCCUAAGGAAUCUGAGAAAGAACCAUUGGCUCCUUUUGAGGGGAAGGACAUAGAAAAGCAUGAUACAGACUUAGAGCAAUAUGAGAGGGAGAGCCCAGAGAAAUCAGAUGAAGAGACUCCCAAACCUGAGGAGAAAAAGAGACCUAAGGCAAAGAAACCAAAACCAGAGCCAGAGACCAUUCAGAUUCCACUGGAGAAGGGAAUUCCUAAGAAACCUCAGCCAGACGAUGACAAGGAGAUCAAGCUAAGGAAGAAAAUGGGUGAACCCACUCCAGAUGAACCUGAGGGGAUUACUCUCAAACCAUUCAGAAAAGAGAAACCAGAAGAUAAAUCUGAGCAGCCAGAGAAAGAGGAAGGGAAACCCAGAGGAGUAGACAGAUCCACAGAGGAGGAAGAGGUAGAAAAAGACCAACUGCCAGAGGGGAAAAGGAAGAAGAAAAUAGUGAAGAAGGUUCGGAAACCAGAGGCACCACAAGAAGAAGCAGAGAAGCCUAUAUCCGAUGUUCCUGAGGCUGAGACACAGGAAAUAGUUUCCCCCAAAGAAGACCAGCCUAGUGCAGUGACAGUUCCUGAAACACUGAGUGGGCCUUUAACAGCAGUAGACGAACAACCAAAGGUUUCUGAGGAAGAGAAGCCUGACAAAGUGGUGGCAGAUGAAGUGCCAGAACAAGAAAUAGAAAAGGACCAACUGCCAGAUGGAAAAAGGAAGAAGAAAAUAGUGAAAAAGGUUCGGAAACCAGAGGCACCACAGGAACAAGCAGAGAAGCCUUUACCAGAUGUUCCUGAGGCUGAGACACAGGAAAUAGUUUCCCCCAAAGAAGACCAGCCUAGUGCAGUGACAGUUCCUGAAUCAGUAAGUGAGCCUUUAACAGCAGUAGACGAACAACCAAAGGUUUCUGAAGAAGAGAAACCUGACAAAGUGGCUGCGGAUGACGUGCCAGAACAAAAGGUUGUCAGAAAGAAAGUGAAGAUACAGAAGGUGAAGCCAGAGAAAGAAGUGAAACCAGAAGAAGAGGUUCAAGAAGAAAAGAAAGAAGAGGUGGAAAAGCUGGAGGUUGUGGUGAAAGAGGUACCUGAGGAUGAGAAGGAACAUGUUACUACUGAAGAAAUGGAAAUUAAAGAGAAAAAGGUGAAACACAUAAUCAGAAAGAAGAAGACAGCUCCAAGUGAAGAAGAGAAACCUUCAGAUGAGAGUAAAGGAGAAGAAUCAUUGCCAGUACUGGAGAAGCCAGAGGAGCAAAAGGGAGAGGAAAUUCCUGAAACAGUCAAGGAGGCUAAAGAUGUGGAACAAGUGGAAGCAACAAAAGAAAAGAAGGUUAAGCGCAUAAUCAGGAAAAAGAAGGUGGUGCCAGAAGAGGCAGAAAAACCUGUAGAGGAAGAAAUGACUGAAGAUAUCUUGCCAUUACCAGAGAAACCUGCUGAAGGAAAGGCAGAUACAGAAGAGAAAACUGACAGUGUGCCAGUAGCUAAAGAUGAGGUUCCUGAAACUGUUGAUGAAACUGAACAUAAAAAAGUGAAACGAAUUGUCAAAAAGAAAAAGAAAACUGUUCCAGAAGAAGAUGAAAAGCCAAUUGCUGUGGAGAAAGAGGAAACUAUUAUGCCAUCCUUGGAAAAAUCUGAGGAAGAACUGCCUGAAGAAAAGGCUGAUGUUGAAGAGGAUACUACAACAGUACCUGAGGACUCUAAGGGAAGGAGGGUAAAGCGAAUUGUGUCCAAAACAAAGAAAGGCAUUCCGAAGGAAGAGGAGAAACCAACAGAAGACAAGGCAGAAGAGGAUGUAGCUCCUAGAAAACCAACAGAAGACAAACCUGUCAAGCAGAAGAAAGUCACUGCACUACAAAUGAUGAAAAUUGAGAGGAAAGAAAUUAAAGCUACUCAGCUGAAGGUGAUUGAUGUCAAAGAAGACAUUCCCCUAUUUGCACAGAUAAAAUUAAAGAAAGUGACACCUGUCAAGAAACGAGAAAUAAAGGGUGUGACAAUUCCAAAAGUCUUGCUUAAGAGUAACAUUAAGUUCAUUGAUUAUCCACCAGCUGAACAGAAGCCAGUCAUAACAGUUCUUGAGGUGUUCUUUGACAAGGGUAUUCUGUCACGGAACUACCAGGAAGCUCUGAAAGUGCAAAAGAGGAAAGUAAAAAAGGUACGAAUCAAGGAUAAGGAAGCAACUGAGUUGGAGGAACCUGAGAAGUUCCCUGCAGAUGACACAGAAAAACCAGAACCUACAGAGAAAGUUGAUCAGCCGACAUGGCAGAGCUUGCCAAAGAAACCUACACCUGAGCAACAAGAAACACAGAAGCUUGAAAUUGGGAAAGGAAAAGUCCCAGAGCAGGAAACUCCUGUCCCAGAGGACAUCAAGUUGAAAAAGAUUCCUGAAAAACCAACACCUGGUGAAGAGGAACAGAAGAUCAAGCCAUCGAAAAAGGAUGGGGAUGAACAAAAGAUGAAGAAGCCUAAGAAAACUGAAAAAGAACCAUUGGCUCCUUUUGAGGGGAAGGACAUAGAAAAGCAUGAUAGAGACUUAGAGCAAUAUGAGAGGGAGAGCCCAGAGAAAUCAGAUGAAGAGUCUCCCAAACCUGAGGAGAAAAAGAGACCUAAGGCAAAGAAACCAAAACCAGAGCCAGAGACCAUUCAGAUUCCAUUGGAGAAGGGAAUUCCUAAGAAACCACAGCCAGACGAUGACAAGGAGAUCAAGCUAAGGAAGAAAAUGGGUGAACCCACCCCAGAAGAACCCGAUGGGAUUACUCUCAAACCAUUCAGGAAAGAGAAACCAGAAGAUAAAUCAGAGCAUCCAGAGAAAGAGGAAGGGAAACCCAAAGGUGUAGACAGGCCCACAGGGGAGGAAGAGGUAGAGAAGGACCAACUGCCAGAGGGAAAAAGAAAGAAGAAAAUAGUGAAGAAGGUUCGGAAACCAGAGGCACCACAAGAAGAAGCAGAGAAGCCUGAAUCAGAUGUUCCUGAGGAUGAGACACAGGAAAUAGUUUCCCCCAAAGAAGACCAGCCUAGUGCAGUGACAGUUCCUGAAUCAGUAAGUGAGCCUUUAACAGCAGUAGACGAACAACCAAAGGUUUCUGAAGAAGAGAAACCUGACAAAGUGGCUGCAGAUGAUGUGCCAGAACAAAAGGUUGUCAGAAAGAAAGUGAAGGUACAAAAGGUGAAGCCAGAGAAAGAAGUGAAACCAGAAGAAGAGGUUCAAGAAGUAAAGAAAGAAGAGGUGGAAGAGCUGGAGGUUGUGGUGAAAGAAGUACCUGAGGAUGAGAAGCAACACGUUACUACUGAAGAAAUAGAAGUUAAAGAGAAAAAGGUGAAACACAUAAUCAGAAAGAAGAAGGCAGCACCAAGUGAAGAAGAGAAACCUUCAGAUGAGUGUAAAGGAGAAGAAUCAUUAUCAGUACUGGAGACGCCAGAGGAGCAAAAGGCAGAGGAAAUUCCUGAAACAGUCAAGGAGGCUGAAGACGUGGAACAAGUGGAAGCAACAAAAGAAAAGAAGGUUAAGCGCAUAGUCAGGAAAAAGAAGGUAGUGCCAGAAGAGGCAGAAAAACCUGUAGAGGAAGAAAUGAUUGAAGAUACCUUGCCAAUACCAGAGAAACCUGCUGAAGGAAUGGCAGGUACAGAAGAGAAAACUGACAGUGUGCCAGUAGCUAAAGAUGAGGUUCCUGAAACUGUUGAUGAAACUGAACAUAAAAAAGUGAAACGAAUUGUCAAAAAGAAAAAGAAAACUGUUCCAGAAGAAGAUGAAAAGCCAUUUGGUGUGGAGAAAGAAGAAACUAUUAUGCCAUCCUUGGAAAAAUCUGAGGAAGAACUGCCUGAAGAAAAGGCUGAUGUUAAAGAGGAUACUACAACAGUACCUGAGGACUCUAAGGGAAGGAGGGUAAAGCGAAUUGUGUCCAAAACAAAGAAAGGCAUUCCGAAGGAAGAGGAGAUACCAACAGAAGACAAGGCAGAAGAGGAUGUAGCUCCUAGAAAACCAACAGAAGACAAACCUGUCAAGCAGAAGAAAGUCACUGCACUACAAAUGAUGAAAAUUGAGAGGAAAGAAAUUAAAGCUACUCAGCUGAAGGUGAUUGAUGUCAAAGAAGACGUUCCCCUAUUUGCACAGAUAAAAUUAAAGAAAGUGACACCUGUCAAGAAACGAGAAAUAAAGGGUGUGACAAUUCCAAAAGUCUUGCUUAAGAGUAACAUUAAGUUCAUUGAUUAUCCACCAGCUGAACAGAAGCCAGUCAUAACAGUUCUUGAGGUGUUCUUUGACAAGGGUAUUCUGUCACGGAACUACCAGGAAGCUCUGAAAGUGCAAAAGAGGAAAGUAAAAAAGGUACGAAUCAAGGAUAAGGAAGCAACUGAGUUGGAGGAACCUGAGAAGUUCCCUGCAGAUGACACAGAAAAACCAGAACCUACAGAGAAAGUUGAUCAGCCGACAUGGCAGAGCUUGCCAAAGAAACCUGCACCUGAGCAACAGGAAACACAGAAGUUUGAUAUUGGGAAAGGAAAAGUCCCAGAGCAGGAAACUCCUGUCCCAGAGGACAUCAAGUUGAAAAAGAUUCCUGAAAAACCAACACCUGGUGAAGAGGAGCAGAAGAUCAAGCCAUCGAAAAAAGAUGGAGAUGAACAAAAGAUGAAGAAGCCUAAGGAAUCUGAGAAAGAACCAUUGGCUCCUUUUGAGGGGAAGGACAUAGAAAAGCAUGAUACAGACUUAGAGCAAUAUGAGAGGGAGAGCCCAGAGAAAUCAGAUGAAGAGACUCCCAAACCUGAGGAGAAAAAGAGACCUAAGGCAAAGAAACCAAAACCAGAGCCAGAGACCAUUCAGAUUCCAUUGGAGAAGGGAAUUCCUAAGAAACCUCAGCCAGACGAUGACAAGGAGAUCAAGCUAAGGAAGAAAAUGGGUGAACCCACUCCAGAUGAACCUGAGGGGAUUACUCUCAAACCAUUCAGAAAAGAGAAACCAGAAGAUAAAUCUGAGCAGCCAGAGAAAGAGGAAGGGAAACCCAGAGGAGUAGACAGAUCCACAGAGGAGGAAGAGGUAGAAAAAGACCAACUGCCAGAGGGGAAAAGGAAGAAGAAAAUAGUGAAGAAGGUUCGGAAACCAGAGGCACCACAAGAAGAAGCAGAGAAGCCUGAAUCAGAUGUUCCUGAGGCUGAGACACAGGAAAUAGUUUCCCCCAAAGAAGACCAGCCUAGUGCAGUGACAGUUCCUGAAUCAGUAAGUGAGCCUUUAACAGCAGUAGACGAACAACCAAAGGUUUCUGAAGAAGAGAAACCUGACAAAGUGGCUGCGGAUGACGUGCCAGAACAAAAGGUUGUCAGAAAGAAAGUGAAAGUACAAAAGGUGAAGCCAGAGAAAGAAGUGAAACCAGAAGAAGAGGUUCAAGAAGUAAAGAAAGAAGAGGUGGAAAAGCUGGAGGUUGUGGUGAAAGAGGUGCCUGAGGAUGAGAAGGAACAUGUUACUACUGAAGAAAUGGAAGUUAAAGAGAAAAAGGUGAAACAACUAAUCAGAAAGAAGAAGACAGCUCCAAGUGAAGAAGAGAAACCUUCAGAUGAGAGUAAAGGAGAAGAAUCAUUGCCAGUACUGGAGAAGCCAGAGGAGCAAAAGGCAGAGGAAAUUCCUGAAACAGUCAAGGAGGCUGAAGAUGUGGAACAAGCGGAAGCACCAACAGAAAAGAAAUUGAAACGAAUUGUCAAGAAGAAGAAAUUGGUUCCAGAGGAGGUUGAAAAGUCGUUGCAGGAAGAAACAGUUAAAGUUAAUUUUCCUGCACCUGAGGAAUCAAGAUUAGCAGAAGAUGAGAAAGGCCAACCAGAAGACUCACAUCUACAUUUUGCAAAUGUCGAAUCAUCUGUCGUGGGGAAAGUGACUGACAUUGUUACUCCAUCAUACGAGACAGGUAAAUCACAAGUAACUAUGACACUUAAAGAUUCUGUUUCUGUGAGUGAUACCAUGUCCUUAGAGUUAACUGAACAACGAGUAGCAGAUAAAAAACCAUUACCGCAGGAGGCUUUAGUAAGUAUAGGAGAAAAAGAUACUGUAUCUAUACAGGAACCUUAUGUUGAGGUAGUUCCUGCACAUUUGCCUGAGUCACCUCAGGUUUUAAGGGAAGAAGCGACACUUAAGGUAAUGAGCCAAAAAUCUGUGGCUAUAUUGGAAAUUCCUACACAUGAAACAGAGGAACCCCUCGUAUCCAGUAUACCUGAAGUAUUGCAUGCCACACCAUUAUUUCUACAACAAGGACCUUUAACUGUAACUGAAACUGGCACAUUUGAAACACAUACAGACUUUGAACAUGAGAAACAAUUAACUGAAACAGCCCAGACAACCAUCUUACCACAGGAAACACUUUCUGUAACACUUCCUGAACUGCAACACAAGGAAGAUAUUUUCAUGUCACCUGCAGUACCUGACACUGAACAUGCUAUCAGAAACAUUCCAUUGUCUGACUCUGUAACUGUAAAUGAAAUAACAUCUUUAGAAAUACCAUCAGAAUUGAAGUAUACAGCGACACAGGACAAAGAAGCAGUUACAUCACUGCUACCCACUACAGAAUCUGUGUUUGUGACAGAGAUACAACCAACUCAGACAGUGGCUGUUGAUACAAGGGUACAGAAAGUGCCAAAACCUGAAUCAGCUCAAAGAAAACUUUCAACACAGGAUACAUUACAAAUACAAGAAGUUACCACGGAACAGGUUGUUACCACAGAGCCACCUCAAGAAACACAGUAUUUGACACAGGUGCCGAAAGUCGUCCAGAAACGACAGGAGGCACUUAUAAUUACAGAAGUAAUCAAAAACACAAAGGAGGAAGAACUUGCUAACUUCACAGUACCACAAGAACAACCUACAGUAACAGUUUCUGAAAGUGAAAGUGUGCAAAUUACUGAUAUGCAAACUGCACUAUUUACAGGUGACAUUACUGUACCAGCUCUGCCUAGGAUGGAACAGGUAAGCCCAAUAAUACCAGUGGAAAGACAGCUUCUUUUAGUGGAACAAUCACAACCUGGAAUCUUAGAAGAGGCACUUCCUGAGGAGAAAAUCACAACAGUGCAAGCUAAACUUGUGGAAAUUAGUGAUCAUAAGAAGGCAGAUGUUUCAAUAUCUGAAGUUAAAGAAGCUCCUACAUUACCAAGGAGGGAAAUUGAAAUUCAUGCACCAGAAAACGUUGAGGCUAUUCCUGAAGAAGAGAAACCAACACCUGAACAUGCAGAAGAAAUUUCACAAGAGUAUGCAGUCACUGAGAAGCCAUUGGUGUCUUUUGCUGAUGAAGAUGUCAAGAAGCAACCAACAACAAGAAAAGUCAUGAAGAAGAAAAGAGCUCCUGAGAAGCCAAAGUACGCUGAUGAAAGUGUGACUGAAGAAAUGACAACUGAAGUGCUGACUCAGGAAAAGCCUGACACUCUAAAACCUGAGGAAGUAAAGGAUGUGCAUGAAGGAAUUGAGGUCACUGAAGUAGUAGAUACAGUAAGUACAGGUGACCUGAGUCCAUUGGAUGUUGAACAAGAGAAAGCAGAAGCUGUUGAGGGAACUGAAGACUCUGUAAGUAUUGUUGAGACACCAGUUAAGAAAUUAAUUACCAAGAAGAAGAAGGUCAAGCCAGUUUCAAAGGUUCCAGAAGAAAAAGUACCAGAAGAAGAAGAAAAAGAGGUGGAAAUCCCACAGGAAGAGAAGCCUGUGCCUAAAAAACCAAAGGAAAAGAAACAUCUUCCUGAAAAAGUAGAAGUGUUGAAACUUGAAAGGAAAGAAGUUAAACCUACCAAACUGAAGAUAACUGAUGUGAUGCCAAAAGAGGAAGUUCCUCUUUUCACGCAGGUGAAGCUGAGGAAAGCAAGUGUUCAAAAGAGGGAGAUUAAGGCUGUAGAGGUUCCAAAAGUAUUAUUGAAGAGCAACAUAAAGAUAAUAGACUACCCUCCAAAGGAAAAUACCCCUCUUAUAACAAUAAUAAAUGCAAGGUGUGAUAAGGGGAUACUAUCAAGAAAUACACAAGAAGCUCUGAAAGUCCUCAAGAGAAAAGUGAAGAAAGUAAAGUUGCCCGGCAGAGAAAAACCAGACACAGAGGAAUUAGAGUCUUUUGAUGUUGAUCAGAAAGACAGUACUGAUAUUCCUGUGGAAGAUGAGAAGAGUACAUGGGAAAGACUCCCCAAGGCUGCAGAUACUGAGAAACCAGAAGAACCAAAGCUGGUUGUGGGAAAAGGGAAAAUCCCAGAAACAAAAGAACCAGAACAAGAGGAAAUAAAGCUUAAGAAAGUUCCUGAGAAGCCACUAGUGGAAGAGAUAACUGAAAUGAAGAAGCCUAAGAAGGAUGAGCCUGAUGAAAAGGAUACAAAGAGCACACCAAAAGAGAAGGAAAUUACUUUAGCUCCCUUUAAACCCAGUGACACAGAAGGAACUGACAUAGAUCUGGAAAAGUAUGUAAAAGAAGAGCCAGAAAAGAAAGAGAGAAGGACUCCUGAAAAGCAAAAAGUUAAAAAGCCUAAAAAAGACUCUGCAAAACCUGAACCAGAGACAAUAAAAAUACCAUUAGAAAAACAGCCUCCUAAGAAACCUUACCCUGAAGAGGAGAAGGAUAUCAAACUGAAAAAGAAGGUGGGAGAGCCUGAACCAGAGGAGCCAGAUAGUAUUACCUUGAAACCUUUUGUAAAAGAGAAACCAGAAGAAGAUUCCGAAAUUGCUAAGAAGCACAGCCUUAAACUUGAUGACAAAGAGAAACCUUACGAAGAAGAAGAGGUAUUACCUACUGAACAUAUAAAACCUGAAUCACCAGAGAGGACAAUAAAGAAAACAAAGGUAAAGAAAACAAAACCACCUAAGAGUGUGGAAGAUGAAUCCAAAGAAGCACCUCAGGAGGAUGAACCAAUACUGGAUGACAAACCAAAAGAAACCAAAGAAGUACCAGAAGAAGAAUUCGUAAUGAAGAUAAAACCCAAAGAGCCAGAAAGGGAGGAUAUUGAAAAGGUAAUAGUCGAGAAAGAGAGACCAGAGAAACCUGAGGUUGAAGAAAUUAAAGAAGUGACAAUAAAGAAGAAGAAACCAAAGAAACCUUCUGUAGAAGAAGAGAGAGAGGAAGUCACACUAAAGAAGGUGAUACCAGUGGAGCCAAAAGAGGAGGAGGAAGUCACAGAGGAGGUAGUUGUAAAGAAAAAGAAGCCUAAAGAGGUGAAAGUAGAAGAGGUUCCUGAGAAAGUGACAAUUGAAAAGAGGGAACCAGAGAAACCCAAGGAUGAGGUAAGUGAAGAAGUCACAGUAAAGAAGAAGAAACCAAGGAAACCUUCUGUAGAAGAAGUGACUGAGGAAGUCACUCUAAAGAAGGUGGUACCAGUGGAGCCCAAAGAGGAGGAGGAAGUCACAGAGGAAGUGGUUGUAAAGAAAAAGAAACCUAAGGAGGUGAAAGUAGAAGAAGUUACUGAGGAAGUGACAAUUGAAAAGAGGAAACCAGAGAAACCCAAGGAAGAGGUAAGUGAAGAAAUAACAAUAAAGAAGAAGAAACCAAGGAAACCUUCUGUAGAAGAAGUGACUGAGGAAGUCACUCUCAAGAAGGUGGUACCAGUGGAGGCAAAGGAGGAAGAGGAAGUCACAGAACAGGUAGUGAUAAAGAAAAAGAAGCCCAAGGAGGUGAAAGUAGAAGAGGUGACUGAGGAAGUGAAAAUUAAAAAGAAGGAACCAGAGAAACCCAAGGAUGAUGUGCAUGAAGAAAUAACAAUAAAGAAGAAGAAACCAAGGAAACCUUCUGUAGAAGAAGUGACUGAGGAAGUCACUCUCAAGAAGGUGGUACCAGUGGAGGCAAAGGAGGAAGAGGAAGUCACAGAACAGGUAGUGAUAAAGAAAAAGAAGCCCAAGGAGGUGAAAGUAGAAGAGGUGACUGAGGAAGUGAAAAUUAAAAAGAAGGAACCAGAGAAACCCAAGGAUGAUGUACAUGAAGAAAUAACAAUAAAGAAGAAGAAACCAAGGAAACCUUCCGUAGAAGAAGUGAGUGAGGAAGUCACUCUAAAGAAGGUGGCACCAGUGGAGCCAAAGCAGGAAGAGGAAGUCACAGAAGAGGUAGUGAUAAAGAAAAAGAAGCCUAAGGAGGUGAAAGUGGAAGAAGUUACUGAGGAAGUGAAAAUUGAAAAGAAGGAACCAGAGAAACCCAAGGAUGAGGUAAGUGAAGAAAUAACAAUAAAGAAGAAGAAACCAAGGAAACCUUCUGUAGAAGAAGUGACUGAGGAAGUCACUCUCAAGAAGGUGGUACCAGUGGAGCCACAGGAGGAAGAGGAAGUCACGGAAGAGGUAGUGAUAAAGAAAAAGAAGCCUAAAGAGGUGAAAGUGGAAGAGGUUUCUGAGGAAGUGACAAUUAAAAGGAAGGAACCAGAAAAACCCAAGGAUGAUGUAAGUGAAGAAGUAACAAUAAAGAAGAAGAAACCAAGGAAACCUUCUGUAGAAGAAGUAAGUGAGGAAGUCACUCUCAAGAAGAUGGUACCAGUGGAGCCAAAAGCAGAAGAGGAAGUCACAGAAGAGGUAGUGAUAAAGAAAAAGAAGCCUAAGGAGGUGAAAGUAGAAGAGGUGACUGGGGAAACGAAAAUUGAAAAGAAAGAACCAGAGAAACCCAAGGAUGAUGUAAGUGAAGAAAUAACAAUAAAGAAGAAGAAACCAAGGAAACCUUCUGUAGAAGAAGUGAGUGAGGAAGUCACUCUAAAGAAGGUGGUACCAGUGGAGCCAAAAGAAGAAGAAGAAGUCACAGAAGAGGUAGUUAUAAAGAAAAAGAAGCCUAAGGAGGUGAAAGUGGAAGAGGUUUCUGAGGAAGUGACAAUUAAAAGGAAGGAACCAGAAAAACCCAAGGAUGAUGUAAGUGAAGAAGUAACAAUAAAGAAGAAGAAACCAAGGAAACCUUCUGUAGAGGAAGUAAGUGACGAAGUCACUCUAAAGAAGAUGGUACCAGUGGAGCCAAAAGAAGAAGGGGAAGUCACAGAAGAGGUAGUUAUAAAGAAAAAGAAGCCUAAAGAGGUGAAAGUGGAAGAGGUUUCUGAGGAAGUGACAAUUAAAAGGAAGGAACCAGAGAAACCCAAGGAUGAUGUAAGUGAAGAAGUAACAAUAAAGAAGAAGAAACCAAGGAAACCUAUUGUAGAAGAAGUGAGUGAGAAACUCACCAUAAAGAAGGUAGUGGAAAAGAAAGCUGCAGAACCACAUGAUGAGGAAGUAGCGGAAGAAAUAACAAUUAAGAAGUUGGCACCAAAGACACCUGAGGACAGCGUGGCAGAAUUCACUGUUAAGAAGAAGGCUCCACAGAGGAAGUUGUCAAUAGAGGAGUUAGGUGAGGAAGAAAUCACUAUAAAACCAAUGCGGCCAAGACAACCGUCAUUGCCUGAAGUAGCUGAAGUUACUGAUGUUGAAACAGUUACAAUUCAGCCUAGAAUCACUAAAACAAAAGAAGAAAUAGAACAAGAAUUCAAGAUUCAGCUACAUACUUAUGAAGAAGAGGAUAUCUCAAUGACUAGUAAAGUCAGGUUAAAGAAACAACGGCGUCCUACCUAUGCAGAAGAAGCUGGUGAGCAAACUAUUCGAAUUGUCAAAGAGAUAGAAGAUCAGAAGUCACCUGAAAUUAUAGAAGUUUUAGAGUCUCCUGAAGGUGAAGGUGUCAGUUUUGAUUUGAAGCGCAAGCCAAGUUAUACAGUUCAGGAAGCAGAAGAAGAGGAGACAGUGAUACUAACAAAACCACAUAGGGAGAGAGAAGACAUUGAAGAAAGUUUUCAGGUUUCCUUACGCAAGAAAGAUGAUUCUCGCAAAAUGUCAUACUCCAUUGAAAAUGUUGAAGAAGAGUUCAGCAUUGGUUUUCAAAAGAGGCAACCUACUCCAGCAGGAACAUCCUUUGAAGAAGAGUCCUUGGAGCUGAGGCUGAAGCCUAAGAAGAGGCCUACAAGGAUUUCACAGGAAGAGGAUUUCACUCUGAGUAUAGUAAAGGAAACAGAAGUCUUCCAAGAAGGAGUAGAAGAGAUAUUAGUUACAGAGCUUCAAGAAGGGGAUGUGUUAUACUCAGUCAGUGCCUACGAAGCAGAAAAUGAAGAUGCAAUGAAUCUUGUUGAGGGUGAGAAGGUUUACAUCAUAGAUACAAAUAACCCAGACUGGUGGUUUGUUAAGAAACAUCUCACAGAAGAGAAAGGAUGGGUUCCAGCUCAACUUCUAAUGGAUGAAAUUAGGUACACAACAUUUGUUCAGAAAGUAAUCCAGCAAAAAAUUGACCAGCUUCCUGUUUUUGAAAAACCUGUACAUACAGACAAAGCUACCGCACCAAGAUUUGUUGAGAAGCUUCAACCUAAGCAUGUUCCUGAUGGAACAACAGUUGAAUUUCGGUGUCAGAUUUCUGGUAGCCCUCGUCCACAGGUUACAUGGUUUAAGCAGACAGCCAUUCUGUUGCCUUCUCAUGACUUCCAGAUGUUCUACAGUGAAGAUAAUGUGGCAACACUUGUCAUAAAAGAAAUUUUCCCAGAAGAUGCUGGCACCUAUACAUGUGUUGCAAAGAAUGCAGCAGGAUUUGCAUCUUCUUCAACAGAGCUUGUUGUAGAGGGACCAUUGUCAGACCAUGGGUCAGAUGUUGCUGUACUAUCCAGGAAAAGCCUCUCAAGGGAAUCGUCACUAGCAGACAUCCUGGAAGGAAUUCCUCCAAUGUUUACGCACAAAGCAGUGCCGCUGUCUGCACCAGAGGGUUCUGAUGUGAAGCUGGACUGUCAAUUAGUGGCAGUGCCUGAACCAGUUAUUACAUGGUACUUCAACAAAAAGGAAGUUGAUAAAACUGAAAAUGUUUCUGUUUCUGUCGAUUCUGAUGGUCACAUGUACUUUAGCAAAGUUUCCAUUAAAAAAGUAAAGAAAUCGCAGGAAGGUGUAUAUGAAGUCAUUGCCAGAAACACUGAAGGAGAAACAUCUAUGCCCAUAAUCCUAAAGGUAAAAACAUCAAAGAAGGAACCACCAAUGGUCCUGGAACCACUGAAACCAACGGUUGUUCAUACUGGUGAUCCAGUAGUAUUACGUGCAGUCAUAACAGGCAACCCAGCACCAAAAGUCACGUGGCUUAAAGAUGGUCUUCCAGCCGAUGACCUGCCUGUUUCUCAUGAUGGAGACACUCACAGCAUUUUCUUGAAAGAUGUUGGUGAGGGAGACGCAGGGGUCUACACAGUAAGAGCAGAGAACCCCGUUGGUAGUGUAGAAAGUACAGCAUCUCUCGUAGUUGAAGCACCUGAUGAGAACAUGCAGCCACCACUUUUUACGGAAAGAUUUGAGGAAGUAAAAGUCCCUGAGAAAGGUACAUUACGUCUGGUAGCCAAGGUGACAGGGAAUCCUGUUCCAGAGAUUACGUGGCUCAGGAACAAUAGACCACUGAAACCAUCACCAAACCUAACUUUAUCAUUUGAUGGGACCACAUCUUCUUUGGAAAUUCAGAAUGUGGAUUCAGAAGUUGAUGCUGGAAACUACAAAUGUGUAGCCAAAAAUCGUGCAGGAAUCACAUCACAUGGAGCAAGAGUUUCAGUCGAUGUUCCGGAAGUCACAUUUGUUAGGAAACUGCAGGAAAUUACUGAAGUUGAGGAACGAGAAUCUCUGGUACUGGAAUGUGAAACUUCACACACAGUGUCGACACACUGGUUCCACGAGAAUCAUGAGCUCAGUGGAAUGGACCACCGAGUGGUGGUGCAAGAGGGCCGUAUUCAUCGUUUGCUUAUAAAGAACUGCACAUCGCGAGAUGCCGGCCUGUACCAGUGUCGGGUGAGGGAUCAAGUGACGGAGGGCCAUGUUACAGUCCACGAUAAAAAACCUGAGUUUUUGCGGAAGUUACAAGAUUUCGAAGUGAAAGAAAGGGAAAGUGCUAUAUUGGAAGUUGAAAUCACAUCAGAAACAGCAGAUGUAACAUGGCACAAAGAUGGUGAACAACUGACAGACACAAGUGAUAAAUUUGUAUUUGAGAAGCAAGGAACAGUACGGAAGUUACUGAUUCGAGGUGUGUCUGUCCACGAUGAAGGCGAGUACACAUGUGCCCUUGGAGAACAAGAGUGUACUGCAGAAGUCUCUGUUGUUGAACUUCCGCCAGAGAUAACUACUAAGAUGCAGGAUGUGACUGUUGCGAAGGGUGAGAAAGCAACAUUUGAAAUAGAGCUAACAAAGGGAGAUGCCCUUGUCCGAUGGUUUAAAGACGGCAAGGAGCUGCAAUUUUCUGAACAUGUGCAACUGUCCAUUGAUGGAAAGAGGCAGCGCCUGAAAGUGUACAAUUCCGAACUUAAGGAUGCAGGUGUUUACUCUUGCGAAGUUGGUGAACAGACAUCUUCAGCACGACUAACUGUUGAAGAGCCAGCUGUGCAGUUCCUUAAGAAAUUGCCAGAUGUGACAUUAAUUCCUCUAAACUUGGAUGCUACAUUCACUGUAGAACUGUCACGAUCUGAUGUUAAUGUGAAAUGGUUGAUGAAAGGCAAAGAAAUAAAAUCAUCUGAGCGGUACCAAAUAACCUCAGAGGGAUCUGUGAAGAAAUUAGUUGUAAAGAAUGUUACCAUUGAGGAUCAAGCAGACUAUAGCUGUGUUGCUUUGAAUGUAAAAUCAACAUCAAAACUUAAAGUUGAAAUAAUUGAAACAGCACCAAGGAUUAACAUCGAAUCUCUUACAAAAGAAUAUCGAGUUAAAAAAGGAGAUGAUGUAACUAUUGAGGUGAAAUUCACUGCAGCUCCUCCACCACAGGAUGAAUGGUUCAUCAAUGGCAAACUUGUCAAGAAAUCGCCAAGGAUUAUACAAACACUGACUGAGAAUUCUGCAACUCUGACCAUUAAGAAAGCUGAAGAAACAGAUGCUGCAAGCUAUACUGUUAAGUUAUCCAACAGGCAAGGGGAAGCCUCAGCAGAGAUGACCCUCACUCUAAUGGAGCCACCAUCAGAGCCAGGCAUCCCAGAAGUUGUUGAAGUCACUGACCAGACAAUUACACUUCACUGGAAGCCUCCAGAAUUUGAUGGACAUUCUCCUAUUACAAACUAUGUUCUGGAAUACCAUGACAAGACUGAUUUCACAUGGAUUCAAGUAAAGGAAAUGGUUAGAGAGACAACUCACAAAGUUACACAACUUCAGACAAAUGGGGAAUACAUGUUCCGUGUGUCAGCCGAGAAUGAUAUUGGCCGUGGUGCUCCAUCACACAACACCCAUUACAUACAAGUUACUAAACCAUUAUCUGAUGAACCACCAGCAAUCCAGCAGCCACUGGAAGGGGUAGUGUGUGGCUUAAAACAGUCGAUAACUCUUUCUUGUGUUAUUGGAGGAAUACCUGAGCCAACAGUAAAGUGGUUGAAAGAUGGGAAGGUAUUCAAAAGCAAAAAUUUGACAUAUGAGAACAGGAUUGCCAAAUGUAUCAUAAGUGAGACUACAGAGACAUCAUCUGGCAUUUACACAUGUCAGGCAACAAAUACAGCUGGCUUUGCAGAAACAUCAUGUGAACUUAAAAUUCAAGAACCUCCAAAACUUGAAUUUGAUGAGAGUUUGAUAACUCAGAAGUUAAGGAUAACUAAUCAGUGGAAGAUAGAAGUUAAGUAUUCAGGCUUCCCUAAACCAGAAGUGGUAUGGACAAAGAACGGAAAAAGCCUGGCUUCUACUAAGCACUGUUCCAUCUAUCAUGAUGAAAAUUCAUCAACAAUUGCGAUAUAUUCCUUAGCAAAAGUGGACACUGGAACAUACACAUUUACAGCUCGCAGUGAUGCAGGUUCGGCGAGUGUGGAUUUCAGUCUAAAAGUCAUUGAUGACACUGAUCGAAGAGCAAAAACAGAAAGUUCCAGCGAGGAAACAACUGACAAGCCAAGCAAACCAGAAGGGCCAAUUAUUGUAAAAGAUAUCCGAAAGGAUUCUGUCGUUCUCGAAUGGAAACCACCUGCAGAUGAUGGUGGCCUUGAGCUUUCUAAAUACUCUGUUGAAAAAUGUGAUGUUGAGAAGAUGGUGUGGAUGAAGGUUGCUGAUGUAGAGAAAGAUGUCUCGUCAUAUUGUGUACAACGUUUGAGAGAAGAUUCAGAGUACAUGUUCAGAAUUAUUGCUGAGAAUCCAGUAGGAACAUCAGAGCCACUUGAGAGUGACCCGGUCACCAUUAGAAGCAAAUUUGAUAAACCGUCUGCCCCAAGAGGACCACUACAUGUCUCAGGUAUGACUGAGACAUCUUUCACUGUCGCUUGGCAAUCACCAGAAUCAGAUGGAGGUGCUCCAGUGCUGGAAUAUGUUGUAGAACGCAGAGAAGUGGGGAAGAAGGCCUGGCAGAAGGUUGGAAGCACAACAAAAGAUGUGACUCACAUUGAGGUUUCUGGACUUAAAACGAAUUCAUCACAUAAUAUCAGGAUAACAGCUAGAAAUGAAGUUGGUCUCAGUGUACCAUUUGCUCCCGAAGAUGCAAUUACUGUCGGAAUGAGAAUAAGUGCCCCAUCUGCACCAGUUGAUCUACAUAUUACUGAUUUCACAAGCAAGAGUGUCACUCUGCAGUGGGGGCCCCCUGCCAGUACAGGUGGAACUGAACUAACAGGAUACAUAAUUGAAAAGAGACUACUGUCAUCAAAGAAGUGGAGCAAAGUCGUUACACUGGAACCAUCAGUACUACAAUACUGUAUAGAAAACCUUAAAGAUAAGGCUGAGUACUUCUUCCGUGUGUAUGCAGAAAAUGCCAUAGGACUUAGCCCACCAGCUGGUACAGAGCUGGUCUCCCUUAAAAAGCAUGCAACUGUUCCAUCACCACCUACAGCUCCCCUUGAGAUACGACCCAUAGGCCCAAAUGCUGUUGUGAUUGCAUGGGGAAUCCCUGAAACUGAUGGUGGUGCACCUCUUCAGGGUUAUACUAUCGCCAUACGUGAUGUGCGAAAGACUAUGUGGAUGGAAGUUGGUCGUGUCAAAGCUGAUGUACAUAAACUCACAAUCAAAGACUUACAGGAAAACCAUGAAUACCUCAUUCGAAUUUUUGCAAAGAAUGAAGUUGGUCCUAGUGAGCCUUUGGAAUCAGAGGAGCCAUUUAAAAUGCUGAGGCCAACAGAAAUUGACCAGCAAGAACUUGAUAAGCUGGAAACGACAGCACCGACACUUAGUUUCAGCACUGAAACCACCACAUCCUGGAUGAAAGAAGCAGGCAUGGAUGCUGACAUCCGAUCAUACGCAAGAGGUUCAUUAUUAAGAAGGGAUGAAUAUUUCUUCCGUAUUUGGUACUAUGCCCGACAGUUGUUUAAGUGAUGUGGUGUAAGGAAUCUAUUGUGAAGACAAAGACAAAUAGUGUGUAAAGUGUAUAUGAAGUCGUAAGUAGAGUUGUUGAGCGUAUCUGUGCUUACGGCACUGAUAAAACAAUAGAACUAUUUAUUUUUUUACCUUUUGUAAAGCAAUUUUGUACUGAAUUUUAUAUGAAGGCUUGGAAGCAGCACUGUGGGCAAGCACUCUACUAUCUUGCUUCCUGAUUUCCAUCAAUGAAAUAAAAAAAAGUACCCUGUGCAAAGCAAAGCAGGGGGCACUGAUAGAGAGUAGAACUUGCACCUGUUGCUUCUGGCUGACUGAUUCAAGGACCAAGACUGUUGCUUUGUAUUUCUUGCAUAUUCAGUAAAUAUGUAAAUAAGGAGGCAGAGGAACUGUACAUUACUACAAAUGUUAAUAAUAAUAAUUUAUUGAAAUGAGGAUGUAAAUGUUUAUGGACAUAAAAUGUAAUUCUUAUAGGAUUUUCAUAUGUAUGUACUUUUUAUGGACACUGUACUACACAAAAGAACAAGUCAGAGAAGUGGGUCUGCUGAAGCAGGACAUUUCUGCUGUGACUUAAUAAGUGUGUAAGUAAUACAGUGUAUUAUGCUGUGAUAUACUCUUGUGUAUCAUUCAGUUUUGAAUUAUGUGAUUUCAAAUGUGUAAUUGUGUUCAAUUGGCUGCAAGUAUUUUUUACCUCUUUUAAUAUCACUGUCUGUUUCAACUGCAGUUGUAAUAACUGCUUACAAAGUAGUCUGUAAUCAUUUGGUUCAAGUAAGCGUCACUUCACCGGUAACUUAAAGGAGACAAAAUAUAGGUGCAACGACAUGAAUUUGUUACUGGUAAGAGUCAGCUUACAGAGCAAAUGAUACUUCAUGAAAGAAUCAUAUUAAAAUAUAUGUAUAUUU